AUGGCUCAGGAAGCUCAGAGAAAAGCCAACUUUUCAGAACUGGCAGGUCACACUAAUGGGUUAACAAAGCCUGCAUCUCUUGCAUCAAAACCUGGAGGAUCAAGGAAGCUGGUCAUCAAAAAUUUUAAAGGUUAGUUUCUGACCAAGCAUAGUACAUAUAGAUAAAAUGCAUGGUUUACGUCCUAAGUUUACAAUUUUCUUUUUUUUUUUUUAAAUCUGAUAAAACGAUUUUCAACAGUGUACUGAAUGGAAGUAUAUUCUAACAAAGUAAAAACUAUGGGGCAAAUAGGUAUUGGUUUAGGCAUAGUAGUCAUGGUUUCAGGAGUGCGAUGGAGCCAUUUAUUCCCUUAACCCCCUACUGUAAAUUGUCAGACUGUAUUUGAGCUUCUUACCUGGGGGUAUGUCAGCAAGCACUCUUCACCUCUCUGCAGCCUCCCAGAUUGUCUGAAGAUCUGUCAAUGGGUUUAGCUAAGAGCUAAGACUGCAGGCACGGAGUGGCAUCCAGUGUUGUAGUAGUUAUGGUACAUAGUGUUCCUUUAAAAAAAAAAAAAUUUAUUCAGCAAUGACCAGUUCACUCUUAUGCUACAAUGAUGCUCAGGUGAUUGUAAGAAACAUAAGAUUCUGUCAGAUGCGUCUUACAAGUGAUUCAUGGUGUAUAGUGGAUAUGUAAUGCUUUUUGUUACAGAUAAACCAAAACUUCCUGACAACUAUACCCAGGAUACAUGGCAAAAACUUCAAGAAGCAGUAAAUGCCAUAGAAAGCAGCACUUCUAUAAAGUAUAACCUAGAAGAACUUUACCAGGUAUUGGGCGACUGUAUUCAUUUGUUCCAGGAUUCUGCAUUGUUACUAUUACACUGUUUUCUAUAGCCAAGUCAUAUUUUACACUAUUGCACAUUCCUCAUAGACUGAAUAUGACUUAUGUUCAUGUAUGUGUUCCACCGCAAAUAUAAUGUACAGAGCUUGAGGAGUUAGAGCUCAUGUGUAGUAGGACCGCUGCUCUCCUUAAAGUGUUUCAAAGGGAAUGUAAGUCAUAUAGCCAGCAAUACAGAAAUCCUUAAGACUAGAUGAGGAAGCUUUAGAAUGGACACUGCUUUUCUCAGUCAUACUUUACAGGACCUCAGGACAGAUUAAACCGAGAUAUGAUUUAUAACAUAUCAACAAAUAAGUCUUGUGCGAAAACGACCUUUACAAAAAAAAUGAGCUUGCACUCUUUCCACUAGAUUACAGCACAGAAGUGGGGGAGAAAUGUCUCCUAUAAUGUAAAAAUGGGUGGGGGAAGCAAACAUAAAGGGGAAUACAUGAAUCCAUAAUCCCAAAGGGAGAAAGAGACCCAAUCUAAGGGUAGAACCUGCUUAAUGGUCCUUUCCAACCCUUCUCUCGAUCUGCACCUGGUAAGUGGUUAAAAUUAGAGUGCCCUGGAAGUUUUAACUUUGGCAGCUUUGCCUCGAUUAAAAAAACGUAAAAAAUUUUUUUUAAUUUAUUUUUUUUAACAUCUUUAGGAGAUUGUGCCUUUAGUGAUUGGCAGUCUCACAGCCGCUAGAAGAAUAUUCUCUAAAAAAUGCAGCAGAAUGUUACAUUCGCAAUGAAAAUGAACAGGAUCUAUGCAUCAACGCCUCUUCAUUAAGAAAACAACUGAUACUUAAAAUAACCUUCGCUUAAUGAAGUCGUUUUUAGAGUAUAGAUGAGGCUAAAUAAAAUGCAUUAAAGAUUUCUACGUCUGUUGCCAGCAUCCACUAAUAUCUUUGCAUGUGCAGUCUUUCAACCAUAAACACUGCAAUUGCUGACUCCUACCACCAUGGUCACUUCAAAUCAUUAAAGUAGUCAUGGUAGCUGGAAUUCCUUAAGUGAACCUCUGAGUAUUAAGGGGAGAUGGGUACUAAUGUUUACCUUUUGAAAUUAUAAAUUCUCUUCCUGUUUAUUCACCAACAGUUCAAAUUUGAGUUCAAAUUAUGCAAGCAUAUGACAUUUGCUGAUAUAGUUUUUUUUUUUUUUUUUUCAAACUUGGCUUGUAUAUUGCAAAUUGAAAACUGCAUUUCAUUUUUCUUUUUCAGGCAGUUGAAAAUUUAUGUUCUUAUAAAGUAUCCCACACACUGUACAAGCAACUCCGUCAAGUAUGCGAGGAACAUAUGAAGGCCCAGAUUAACCAGUUCAGGGAAUAUCCUUUCAUUAAUUUAAGUGCCUGAGAACCGGGGAUGGGUGGAUGUGUUUGCAUGUUUAUAUAGUAUGGUUAUUGCUUAUUUUUUUGAUUGUAGUGUUUACUCCCAUUGCACAUCAGUGCCUAAUAUGAUACAAACCAUAUGGAUCACAUUCAUUCAGUCUUGCCAUGGACUACUUCUAUCCCAUGUCCAAAAAGAAUGCAGAAGUGAACCAUCUGUUGUGCCAAAUGAAUGUCCCAUUUGACACAACUUUUUUUAGAAUUGACAUCUCCUGUGACUUCUAAAACAGUGAUAUUAAAAGUGCAGUACAAGUACAGAUACAAAACAUAUGCUUAACUUGUUGAAUAAUCUUGUGAGAAGACUUGAGAUAUUAGAAAAAUCUGCUAAAUUAUACAUGUGUUUAUGUAUAAAAUGUAAACUUUAAUAAACUAAUAUAUAGUAAAAAGAAAUGUGCUGUGUCAGAUCAGGUAGUAAUUCUAAUAUGGUUUAUCCUCUUCUUUCCUUUGUACCAAGAAUCACUUGGAUUUAUUUUUGUUAAAUAAACAUGACAUGGUGUAAUAUGUCAUGUGUUGUUCAUCUGAGGUUGUAUUUACCUAAUUUUAAGACCUGCUAAGGAACAAAUGAUUAUGUCCUGAUAUAAAACCAUAAAAUUCAGAGAGUGUGCACUUUCUUUUCCCCAUGACUGUAUAUAUGUGUGUAUGAAACAGCAACAUGUUAAUGAAUAUCGGUUUAUAAAACUUUCAGUUUUCUUUUCUUUUUUCUUUUCCUUAACGCAAAUGUAAUGCACAGAUUCUCUUGACAGCUUUCUAUUUUUAAAAAAAGUUAACAAAUGUUGGAUGGAUCACUGUAGACAAAUGGUAAGGAUGCUAACAAAUAUAUUUUAAUAGUUUUUUUUGGUGGGGGGAAGAGUUGUGUUUUUAUUUUUUAUUAUUCAUUGUAGUGUUACUUCUUCAUAUCCAUAAGGUACCCUACUGAAACUAGCUUUAACCCCUUAAGGACACAUGACAUGUGUGACAUAUCAUGAUUCCCUUUUAUUCCAGAAGUUUGGUCCUUAAGGGGUUAAAGGACAUUAAUACCUUAUCAAAUGUGUGCACACAGCUUACUGACAGUACUGAGUGAUCAGUUAAAAAAAAAAAAAAAAAAACCUUUAUUAGGAGAAGAUACCCAGGGAGACCUACAGUACGUAUGUCAUUAUUUGUAUAUCGUUUUUCUGACUGUCUACAGGUUGUGAAUUAAAAACUGCUCAUUCUGUGCUAUUGGGGUUGAGACUCUGUGCAUACAUUUGGCAUAAAGUCACCCAACAGCAAUGUGAAACACUGGUAUAGAGCAUGCAAAGAAGCAUGAAAGCAGGGAUUGAAAAUCAGGGUUAUUCAACCAAAUAUUGAUUUCUGAACUCCUCCAAAGUUAAAACAUUAGUAUUAUAUUUAGAAACUAUUAUGAACUUAUUUUCUUUGCAUUAUUCAAGGUCUGAAAACACUGAUUUUUAUUUGUUUGUUCCUUUGACCAGUUAUCUAUUUAUUUUCAAAUAUUUUUUAAUAAAUUUAUGAACUUUAUUUGGAAUUUUGGGGAAAGUUCUAUAAGUAACUUGUAGAAUAAAACAAAGUAUUUUUACUCAAACACAUAUCAAUAAAUAGUCCUAUGAUAUAGUGUGUGUGUGUGUGUGUGUGCAAGAUUCACAGUAGGAAUUUGCCUCCUCUUACUACAGUAUUUCUCCUUCCCUCUUUUUGCUAUUUUCUCUUUGAUAGUUUCUCUUUUCUACUUAUUGACUCCUUUUUCUCCCCAUCCCUUUUUUAUUUUAAUGUGAUCUGGUAUUCUUUUUCUGAAAGUUCACUGCUUUAUGGUCUGACUCCUCUUCGUGAGAUAUAAUACCUACUCUCUAUGUUUGCAUCAUACGAAUGUGAGUCCAUUUGCAGGACCAGCAACUAUCAAGCACUUUUUUCAAAUUGUGGCAUUGACUUAAUAUUUUUGGAUAAGCUUUUCAAAUGAUUUCAUAUUUUGAAAAAUAUUUUAACAUUUUGUCACUCCCUCUCCCCUCAGUGAUGUAAAAAACAGAUAAAAUUUGUAUCUUGUAAUAUCUUAAUUUAUUGGACUAACAUGGCUCAGAAAUGGUUCAGACUUGAGAAAGGGAGGUUCUCCUGAAAGCUUGUCAUUAAAAAAUUCUGUUAGUCCAAUAAAAAAGGUAUUACAAGAUACAAAUGUAUCUGGUGGUUUUAUUUUUAUUUAUUUAUCUAUACUCUGGACAUCCACGGAGCCUUAGAUAUACCUGGGCAGAUGGCUGCCUUCUCGAGGUUAGACCAACUGUUCGUUUCCAGGGAAAAGCUCAAGGAAAUAGGAUCGCUAAACAAACUAGCCAGAUUGCUUAUGGAAACAGUUAAAUUAUCUUAUAAGUUCAAUAUCCGUUAAAGCACAUUCUACAAGAGCUAUGGCUACAUCCUGGGCAGAACGGGCCAACGCUUCACCCUAAGACACAGUGUUUUACAAAAGUGAGUACACCCUCACAUUUUUGUAAAUAUUUCAUUAUAUCUUUACAUGUGACAACACUGAAGAAAUUACACUCUAUCUAUAUAUAUAUUUUUUUUUUUCCCAAAUGUCAACUUUAUAUAUAAUUUACAAAUUUUUUUUAAAAUAUAUUUUGAAAACUAUUUUUGAAGGUUUAAUAAUAAAAAAAAAACCCACCUAGUUUGAAAAGCUUAUCUAAAAAAAAAUCGAUGCCUGUAUUCUCAUAUCCCUAAAUGUCCUCCAUUUACUUUGCUGGCAAAAACUUAAGAGUUCAUUCAUGAAUACCAAGAUUAAAAUAAAUGCCUUUAAUAUGCACAUGGCAUUAAAGCUUUUUUUCUUUUUAAGAUGGAUUUAUCUAAGGACUGAAGGUUUGUUUUGUUUAGUUUUGUUUUUUAAACUAGAGCGGCGACUCGUCUACUAAAUUAUAUUUUUCUGUUUUUUUUUUUGUUUUUUAUUAUAAUUUUUUUUAAUUUAUUUUUUAUGCGGCCAUCCUAACUUUUCAUUGGACACCCCAAAUUAUCCUGCAGAAUAUAUUGCUCAUCAGAUGCAUUUUACCCGUUUUUCCUGUUUUUCUCUUUCAUCAUUACAAAUAAUCAUUUGAUUAUUUUAUUUUAUUUAGAUUAUGAUCAGAAGUAUUUUCUUAUUCUUGGAUCGGACGUAUGUCCUUCAGAACUCAAUGCUUCUAUCAAUAUGGUAAGUUCCUGAUACCCUAUUUUCACUUUUCACAUCAUUUUUAGACACAUUUUAAUCUUAGGAACUUUUUUUCUUCCUUCCCAAGAAGGGUAGAGACCUAGUUAAUAGUAAUUUGUUUAAAGGACCAUUGUCAUCUCAAAAUGUUUUUACUAUAGUAUUCCUUUCAUCAAGUUUUAAAAAGAAAUACAUUUUUUAAAGGCAGUAUAUGUAAAUGAGAAAUACACAUCUCUUCCUUUAGUAUAUGUCAGGAUCCUUCAGCCAUAUGCAUGCACCUUAGGUCAGAGUGUGUUUGAAAACUGUAAGUUAAUGGAUUUUAUUUUGUGUGUGUGUAUGCAUGAUUAAAACUUGUACAGCCAAAACUUUGUAUUUUUCACGAUGUUCUUUACUGUUUCUGUGCAUGGAAACAAGGAAGAUCAUGGAGGCUAAGUGAUCUACGUUCCAACAGCCUGUUGCCUUUUCCUGAAAAUUCUGCCCUAGUACACAAGUAUUAAAAUGUUUCUGGGAGUUUAGUUUUCUGUAGAAAAAUUAGGAAUGAAUGUUUGCUGUGUUCAUCCAGUUGAAUGUUUCCAAACAUUUGAUUGCUGGAGGUCUUUGAAAUGUGUUUAUAAAAUGAUAGUUAACAUCUUGUCUCUAUUACUUGUACAGGGAUAUGGGAUUGGAUCUGUUCCGCAGCCAUGUCAUAAGUGACAGACUGGUUCAGAGUAAGACUAUUGACGGUAUCUUGCAGCUUAUUGAUAAAGAACGCUCUGGAGAGGCUGUGGACCGUAGCUUGCUACGAAGUUUACUGAGCAUGCUGUCCGACUUACAAGUAAGUUGUUUAAUUGUAGGUCAAAUGCAAGUUUUUUUUCUUAUUUCCAUGCACUGUCAAAUGUUAUUUUUAGAAAAUGGAAUAUUUAAAUAAAGUUUACAAUACCUUUAUUUCCAUUGUCUCCAUUCAAAAUGGCUAAUGUGCUUCUUGGCAUCAGUACAUUUAAAUUUACCAUGUUUGACAUUUUCCCUACACAGGUAUACAGAGAGUCCUUUGAAGUGAGAUUUUUGGAGGAAACAAAUUGCUUGUAUGCUGCUGAAGGGCAAAGAUUAAUGCAAGAGAGAGAGGUAAUUAAACAAUUUAAAGUGUACCUUCCUUUAAAGAUAUGGAGUAAAAUCUCAUUUAAAUUGUGACCGCUACAUUUUCCUAACAUAUGGUGGCCGUACAACAAGUCCCAACAUAGGACAGGUUGGGACAAGCAAUCUAAAAGUAAUUUAAAAUGCCUCUCCUACUUACUGUAUACAAGACCUCUUAUGCCCAGCAUGUCAGUUCUUCCUUGUCCCAGCCUGGCCCAGACAAGUGAUCAUCCGUGGUGAGGCACAGUGGUUGUAGCCAGGGGACUGGAUAGCUCACAGGGUGGUGAGCUGAUAAGGCAAACUCCAGCAUGCCUGAAGUUACGGAGAGCUUUGGUAAGUGGACUUUUAUGCUGAGGAUGUUCCCUGCAAUCUGUAAUGGCACUUUAGUGUGUCAUGUCUAUGACUUUACUGACCACACGCCUGUGCUGGGAGGCCUUGCAUUCCACCGAAGUUCCGAUUGUACUACAGAUUGAAACUUUGAUCACGUUAAAUCCAAAUAUAUGAAGAAUUUUUAAAGCUGAUGACUGGAAGAGGAAAUCGGAAAAUUUUAAAGUUUGCAUUCCAUUACAGACCAGACCAGCUGGACAUUCUGGAUGGAAUGUCCAUCAAGCUUGGUCCCGCGUUGGCAUACGUUUUCCCUCCAGUAGCUCUGAUGCCCACAGUCAUACAGAAAAUCAGGACGAGCAGAGCUCUAGUGCUUGCAAUAAUUCCAUAUUGGCCCAACAGAAGUUGGUUCUCGGAAUUGAAGACGAUAGCAAUCAAAAUUGGGAACUUCCAACAUCUCUUCCACUUCUGGAAAACUAGCCCCUUCCUCUAGAAGCAAUUCAAAUGUUCAGAUUGAUGGCAUGGCUACUGUAAGGUUGUUCCUUAAACAUCAUGGCAUUCAGGAAAACAGAUUUGAUCUACUCCUAGGCUCCACCAGAGAAUUAACAUCUAAAAUAUACUUUAGGAUAUGGAAAUGUUUUCUUCACUGGUGUAAUGAGCAUAAAUGCCUUCAUAUGUCACCUUCCACGAAUACUAGUCUGCAUUUCUUGUCAGACAUUUUUUCAUCUUAUCUCCGUGUUUCCACUUGAAAAAGGCAACUGUCAGCAUUAAGCCAUUUACUCAUCCAUGAUUUAAGUUAUGAUUUAUUAAUUAGAAGAUUUUUCAGAGCCAUUUUAAUUUUCUGGCCUCAUCUCACCAAAUCUUUUCUUCCUCCGUGGGACCUAUGUGAAUCCCCAUUUGAGCCAAUGGAAGCCAUCCCAGUUUCAUUUUCUGAUGUAAGUGGCAAUUACAUCUGUUAAAUGGGUUGGGGAACUCCAAGCCCUUUCUUCAUCAGAGGAAUUUGCCAUUUAACAUGCAGAUAAAGUCAUUUUACAUUUUAAGCCAUUAGGUGAUACCUAAAGAAUAAUCAACUAGCCUAUUGUUCUACCAUCUUUCUGCAAUUCUUCUUCCUGUCCUCAGGAACAAAAAUGGCAUACUCUGGACAUCCACGGAGCCUUAGAUAUACCUGGGCAGAUGGCUGCCUUCUCGAGGUUAGACCAUCUGUUCGUUUCCAGGGAAAAGCUCAAGGAAAUAGGAUCGCUAAACAUACUCUAGGCAGAUUGCUUACGGAAACAGUUAAAUUAUCUUAUAAGUUCAAUAUCCGUUAAAGCACAUUCUACAAGAGCUAUGGCUACAUCCUGGGCAGAACGGGCCAACGCUUCACCCUAAGACACAGUAUUUUACAAAAGUGAGUACACCCCUCACAUUUUUGUAAAUAUUUCAUUAUAUCUUUACAUGUGACAACAUUGAAGAAAUUACACUCUGCUACAAUGUAAAGUAGUAAGUGUACAGCCUGUAAACAGUGUAAAUUUGUUGUCCCUUCAAAAUAACUCAACACACAGCCAUUAAUGUCUAAACCAUUGGCAACAAAAGUGAGUACACCCCUAAGUGGAAAUCCAAAUUGGGCCCAAUUAGCCAUUUUUGCUCCCUGGUGUCAUGUGUUUUCGUUAGUAUUACAAGGUUUUGGGUGUGAAUGGGGAGCACGUGUGUUAAAUUUGGUUUUAUCGCUCUCAUACUGGCCACUGGAAGUUCAGCAUGGCACCUCAUGGCAAAGAACUCUCUGAGGAUCUGAAAAAAAGAAUUGUUGCUCUGCAUAAAGAUGGCCUAGGUUAUAAGAAGAUUGCCAAGACUCUGAAACUGAGCUGCAGCACGGUGGGCAAGACCAUACAGUGGUUUCACAGGACCAGUUCCACUCAACAUGCCUCACCAUUGUCGAACAAAGAAGUUGAGUGUACAUUCUCUGCGUAAUAUCCAGAGGUUGUCUUUGGGAAAUAGAAAUAUGAGUGCUGCCAGCAUUGCUGCAGAGGUUAAAGUCUACAGUUUACGCACAACCCAAGAAAGUCUGACAGUAAAGGUGGCGUGUAGAGUUUCUCCUUUCUCCCCACUGCUCCUUCAAACCCCUCCUCUCUUUAUCCUCCUUUAAAAUUCACUAAAUUUGCUUAUUCAAACCCAUAUCUGUAAACAUUAAAAUUAUUUAUCAGCCCCCAGGUUUUCCUCAUCUCUUCCUUUUGUCGCCUGGCUUCCUUACUACCUCUCAAGCAAUAUCCAAUCCCUAAUUCAACAUUCCCAUUAACUCACCCUUGUCCUCAGUAGCCUCAAAUCCUAUUGCAAUCACUAUCUCCCUUGGGCUGUUGCAAUGGGCUAAUUCUCCCACACAUGUAGCUGGAAAUACCCUAGAUCUUAUUUUUUCAAAUGCAUUCUUGGUCUUCAAUCUCUGUAUUACUCCUAUCAUUUGUUCUCGAGUGCCACCCCAAUAUCCUCAACCUAACCACCCGCAAAUCAGGAGAAAUCUGAAUUCUCUUGACCUCCAGAAACGCUCAGCUGAUCCCCAUUCCAAACUCUCAUCCAUCCCUACCUUCUCCUGCCCUUCUCUGGCUAUCUCCUCAUAUAAUGCUACCCUCACCUCUGCCGUAGAUGCUGCAGCCCCCUCCACUUUACCGAGACUGUUCUUAUUAAAGUUACAAAUGAACUAGUCACAGCCAAAUCCAAAGGCCACUACUCCAUAUUAAUUCUUCUCGACACCUCUGCUGCCUUUGACACUGAUCAUGGCCUCCUUCUCCUAACUCUACAAUCUCUUGGUCUCUGUGACACAGCCCUCUCAUGGUUCCCCUCCUAUCUCUUCCAACGCUCUUUUUAGUGUCUCUUUUUCCAACGGCACCUCCUCUCCUCGUCCUGUCUGUCGGAGUUCCUCAAGGUUCAGUUCUUGGUCCCCUUUUGUUCUCUCUCUAUACUGCCAUUCUUGCCAAACUCAUGAAUUCAUAUGGCUUCCACUACCACCUGUAUGCUGACGACACCCAGAUAUAUCUCUCCUCCCCUGAUCUCUCCCCUGCUGUCCUACAACGUGUCACCAAUUGCCUUUCUUCUAUCUCUGAUUGGAUGUCCUCCCGCUUUCUGAAGCUCAAUCUCUCUAAAACUGAGUUUCUUAUUUUUCCUCCUCAUAACACUGAUCCUCCUCCUUCACUUUCCCUGAAGGUUGACUGUACCUGCCUCACUCCAUCCUUUUAAGCUUGCUGUCUUGGUGUCACUUUUGAUCCUGGCCUCAUAUCCAGUCUGUUGCUAAAACCUGUCGAUUCUAACUUAAAAACAUUGCCUGCAUACGCACCUUUCUUACGCAAGAUGCUGCCAAGGAGCUUGUUCAGGCUCUAGUAAUUCUUUCCUAAUUAGUUUCCCCAGAAGCCCUAUUGCCCCCUACAAUCUGUGGUGAAUGCUGCCGCCAGGGUGAUCUUUCUCUCCUGUCCCUCCUCACACCUCACCCCUCUGUCGAUCCUUACACUGGCUUCCUGUCCCCUAAAGGUGGCAAUUUUAAAUACUAACCCUUACCUAUAAAGUAAAAACCAAAUAAAGUUACCUGCGCUUUUCCAAAAUCACUAUGCAUAUUUAAACAAAUGGAGGUUAUUUAGUUUCUCCUAUGGCCAUGAGAGACUUUAGCCCACCUGCCACGUCAAGGCAAAACUCUCAGGUGGGUCCUACACUAACCUUUCACCUUGCUUCCUUGAGCUUGUGGCAAAGAUAUCUCUGAAACAGAAAGGGGUAUUUUUUUUUUAAUAUACACCCCCACCUUCUUAUUAACCCCUAAUAAGGAACAAAUGGGAUAGACGGCAGCAUUGUAACAUAGCUGUGUGAUACAAAAGUGAGUACAAAUACACAAAAGAAGUCCUGUGCUCAAACUCCCAUCACUUCUGGGCUCUAACCAAGUCUAGUCCCUUUUACAUUUCUUCACUGAUUCAUAGGUAUGCCCCCUCCCAAUCUCUCUGCUCUACUGGUGACCUUCUCCUGUCUGCUGCUCCCACCCUUAUUGCAAAUUCACGCCUGUAAGACUUCUUGUGGGCGGCUCCUUUCCUUUGGAACAGCCUGCCUACCCCUGUCAGACUCUCUCCUAGUCUUCCAUCCUUUAAGAAGUCCCUCAAAACCCAUCUUUUCAGGAAUGCUUAUGGCCUCCAAGAGUAUCUUCUAUCUCUCAAACCUUCCUCCCACUCUCUCCUAUAGCGCCAUACUCCACUCUCACUUCCAGUUCUGCUACUUUCCCACCAUGUCUAUUUGCUGUCUCUCUCAAUACCCUUCCCAUUGUGUUUUUAUACCCACCUCCUCUAGACUGCAAGUUUGUUUGAGCAGGGUCCUCAACUACCGGGUCCUCAACUACAUAUUGUUCCUGUUAAAUAUUGUUAUAGUCUCAUUUGGGAAAUUCCCCUUUUAUUGUCACGCACUGCGGAAUAAGCUGGUGCUAUAUAAAUGCCAAUAAUAAUAAUCUGUGGGUUCUGGCAUUCCUGCCCUUCACAUGUUACUGGAAUCUUUCUAUAUCACACUUGUACUGCCACCAGUACAGGAACCGGAAAACCAGAAAUUUUUACUUGCCAUAAAUUCUUUCUUCCUUCAUAUGAUAGCUGUUCAAAUUCCCUCCCUAUUCUUGGUAAAAACUUGUUUUUGGCAUUUAAUUGGAGUCUCUAUACUUUCUUGAUGAGAACUGACAUGCUGGGCAUGGAUAGGUCUUUUUUACAGUAAGUAAGAGGGGCAAUUUAAAAUUAUUUUAGAUUGUCUGUCCCAAUAUAGGAAACACAACCCACUUGUUGCACUGCCACCAUAUGAAGGAAAAAAAUAUUUAUGGUAAGUAAAUAUUUAUUUUUUCCAGAACAUGCACAAAUGAAAAAAUAUUAUAUUGGUGGAGCUACCUGUCCCUUUCUGUCAAAUUAAGAUGACUGAAGCAAUCAGGUGUAAUAUCUUUUAAAUGGACACUUAAUAUACCAAUAUAUAUUUUUUAAGUACUUGAAGCUACUACAAACCCCCAGGCAAGCAAGGGGAGCAGUUAUUUCUGCCAGGAAGUGGCUUAGCCGUUCAGGUUAUUGGGGUCUGAACCUCUCUCAUAAAAACCUUUCCAGCAGAGUUUUAUAAACUUGUAGUUUAGCAUUUGACAGUAGUUACAUUCAGCAGAUCAGGCUGUGGCACAUUUUCAGUUUAGAGAAACAGUAGAAAAAAAUAAUAAUGAGCUCUUGAUCACAUAGUUGAGCAGGAAAACUAUGACUUGAAUGGUAUGCUUCCGCUGUACGAAUGUUUGUACAGACAGAGGAGGAAGCUGCAUAGCAUGUUGCUAUACUGUAGUUAUAAGCAACUGUUUGCAUAGUACACUAUUAACUUAUCAUUUUUUUUUUUUGGGUGAUUGGAGUGUGUCUAUGGUUUUGUUUUUGUCUACCUUGUUAGCUUAAUGUAUUCCUUAAAGGGACACUAUAGUCACCUGAACAACUUCAGCUUAAUGAGGUUGUUCAGAUGAGAACUAUAGCUCCCUGCAGCCUUUUUCGGAGAAAAUACAGUGUUUACAUUGAAAGCUAGGAACACCUCAAGUUGCACUCAGAGUGAACCAGAGGGACUUCUGAGUUGAUGGAGGCAUAAUAUGCCUCCAUCCACUCAGACCUGCUGUGCACGAGCAUCAUGUGAUUCAGUAUCUCCUCCCACUGCAUGCAGACCCUGAACUUUCCUCAUAGAGAUUCAUUGAUUCAAUUCAUCUCUAUGAGGAGAUGCUGAUUGGCCAGGGCUGUUUUUGAAUCAUGCUGGCUCUGCCCCUGAUUUGCCUCCUUGUCAGUCUCCGCUAAUUCUAUGGGGAAGCACUGUGAUUGGAUCAAGCUAUCACAUGUCAGCAGACUGCUUGUUUUUCCUGAGUCUAACAGCAUGCAGAUUUACAGCUUCUGGCUUGAAUACAGUAAGAUUUUUACUAUAUUUAUGGAGGCAUGAGGGGCCCAGGGGGGCUAGAUGGUCGUGUUAACACUCUAGGGUCAGGAAUACAUGUAGGUGCACUGGUGACUAUAUUGUCCCUUUAAAUGUAUGCCAACCUAUUUUGUGGAUGAAAGAUUGACUCUGGGGCAAUCCGUUUUUUUAAGAGGAGUUUCUUUUCUAAACAGAAAUGUGGUAAAUUGAAAGUUAAGCUCUGUUUACCACUUGGCUUUUGCAGACAAAAAGUUGCAAAUUUUUAUUUUGCCACACAUUACUGUUUAGUGAAAUAUUUUAUGCUAAAUGGUACCAAUGCACCUAUUCACAUGUGUGUAAAUAUAUAAACUUUACUACGUGAAAUUAUGAAAAGAUAUGUUUACAUAGCAGACGAUAAGAAAUUCUCAAUUAAACAAAAGGGUAUAUGUUUCAAAGUGUUCUCAAGUGACUUAAAAUCUGUCGUUAUUUUUAUUUUUUUUAUUGCAUUUCUAAAUAAUCUAAAAAGGAUUUUUUUUAUUUAUUUAUUUAUUUAUUUAUUUAUUUUAAUUAUGGCAAUUUUCUCAGAAAUUCCAUUUCAGAAAACUGCCAAAUGUACAAUAGUGGGCAAAAGCCUGUCACUUUUCUGGCAUAAAAACGUGUUCUAAGAAUUAAAGGAGCACUUUAGGGUCAGGAACACAAACCUGUAUUCCUGACCCGAUAGGGUUAAAACCACCAGCUUGCCUCCCAAAAUAUUGUAAAAUCUUACUUGUAUUCAAGUCUAGAGCUGCAUACUUUGUCCCUGUUUCCUUUAGACCUGCCCACUGCCUGCUGACAUCAGCAGAAGUGGUAGCCUGAUCCAAUCACAAUGCUUCCCCAUAGGAUUGGCUGAGACUGACAAAGAGGCAGAUCAGGGGCAGAGCCAGCCCAAUUCAAACACAGCCCUGGACAAUCAGCAUCUCCUCAUAGAGAUGAAUUAAAUCAAUGAAUCUCUGAGGAAAGUUCAAUGUCUGCAUGCAGAGGGUGAAGACUUUUUAGGCAGCCAUGACCCAGGAAGGAUCUCUAACAGCCAUCUAAGGAGUGGCUAGUGAAGUUAUCACUAGGCUGUAAUGUAAACACUGCAGUUUCUCUGAAAAGACCGUGUUUACAGCAAAAAGCUUGAAGGGAAUGAUUCUACUCACCAGAACAAAUGCAAUAAGCUGUAGUUGUUCUGGUGACUAUAGUGUCCCUUUAAGUCUGUUGUACAGUGUAUGUUCAAAAAUCAUUAUUAUAUAUUUGUUAUGGUAGUUCUUUACUGCAAUAUAUAUAUAUAUAUAUAUAUAUAUAUAUAUAUAUAUAUAUAUAUAUAUAUAUAUAUAUUUAUUUAUAUGGAUGCCGGCACUCAAGGAAUUUCAAAGGUUUACUUUCCGAUGUGCAUCUGAAAUCGACGUUUCAGCCCCUCUAAGGAGUUUUCAUCAGGACAUAGACAUUCUUAACAAUGAAAAAAACACACUUAUAUAGGAAAUGUUGUAAUAACGUACUCACAUUCAGCUGUUACUCAUCAGCUGUUGUUCAUCGCCAUCAACCAUCGGGAACGUCGUGCCCGUUCAUUAAGUUUGCUACUACUUCCUGGUUAGUCAUCUGACCACAAAGGAGGUCCUGAUAGGUUGAAUCUCGCGUCGGCUAGACAACCAAGGACGCUCACGUCCCAUUGUAAGAGAUUCAGUACUACGGAUACAGAUUUCAGACAGACUUAAUCUGUCAGCCGGUAGCGCAAGAACGGCACAUGAAACUUGUUCCCUGCCUGUUACCCGAUGGUUGGAUGGAGAUGUCAGAGCUUACAAAUAAAAUAAUUCAUUUAUCCACAACUGUUUCAUAACCCCAGUGUUAGACUGUUAUCCAGUAAUAUCCCCCAUGUGAAAGAUGCUAUAUAUAGCACCCUGAUUUUACACUUACAAAGAUUAGUAAAAUCAUACAUAAUAAUAUUAAUAAAAAUAAAUAUAAUGUGAUCCUAUAAUUAAGAAGAAAACCAUUAGAUAAGGUCAUGAUGAUUUAAGUGUGUUAGUCCUCAAUUAAUAAGUAAUAGUGACUAAAUAUCAGUGUCUAUAUGGGGAAAAAUUGAUUAGAGAUGCCUGGACUUGAUAUAAAUACUACAGGCUACCUGCAGGUCUCAUAAUAUCUAAGUGAUAAAGAGAAAUGAGAAACCUCUCAAAUCUCACUAAGCGCUAAGGCUCAGUGUAUGAAAAAUAAAAUAAAUUAUAUAAGUAUUAGCACUCCAUGUGAUAAAGUGAGAAAAAAUCUACCACUUAUGAUCAUCUGUGAAUAUAAACAUCUGCGUCUAAUCUAAGGGAAUAUGAAUUUAUUAAUGUGGUAAUAGAUUAUGCUCGUUCUCUUUCAAAGUCGAAAGCAAUAUGAUGUUCCUUAAUCCUAUAUAAAACAAAUUACCAAACUUAAAAAAUUUUUUACAAAAAAAUAUAUAAACGUACAAUAUAUGUGUACUAAAAACAUAAUAGCAACAGCUGUUGUCGUUGGAUCAACUAGGACUAGCGUAAGGUAUCUAUCUAGAGAUUGGUAAUCCUCCACAAAAUAAGUGUCUCUAUGGAUAAGCCCUUCUUACUUUCUGGUAGACAAUCUAAUAGAUCUUAUAAAAAUGCCAUAAAUGAGCAUUUCUCAUUAAGGCCUUUUGGGGAAAGAGUUCCCAACUGGUAUAUCCAGUACGCUUCCCUCUGCAACAAGAGUCUAGCUCUGUCUCCUCCCUGGGGAGGUACAGGAACAUGCUCAAUUGCAACACAUCUAAGUGAGGUCAGUUGAUGGCGUUGUUCCAAGAAAUGUCUGGCCACUGGCUUGUCCGACUUGCCAUCCCGAUAGGCUAGCCGAAUGCUGGACCUGUGGCCUCCGAUUCUCUCACAGAGAGCUGUCUCUGUUUUGCCAACAUAAUUGAGUCCACAGGGACAUGUCAAUUUAUAGAUUACAUGAUCAGUCCUGCAAUGAAUCCGUUGUUGGAUUCUGUAAUCUGUAUCGGUAGUAUUGAAUCUCUUCCAAUGGGACGUGAGCGUCCUUGGUUGUCUAGCACGAUGUUCCCGAUGGUUGAUGGCGAUGAACAGCAGCUGAUGAGUAACAGCUGAAUGUGAGUACGUUAUUACAACAUUUCCUAUAUACCGUAUAUACUCGUGUAUAAGUCGAUCUCAUGUAUAAGUCGAGUGCAGUUUUGUGACCAACAAUUGUGAAAUAUGUUAUGCUUUGUGGAUAAGUCAAGGGUAAAACUUGGGGCUAUGAAAUUCUGUGAUUUUUAUAAUUAUAUACACACACACUCAUACAAACAAACACUCUGCAUUAUAUAUACACACACUCAUACAAACAAUCUGCAUUAUAUACACACACACACACUCAUACAAACACACACUCUGCAUUAUAUACACACACUCUGUGUAUAUAAUGCAGAGUGUGUAUAUAAUGUAGAGUGUGUGUUUGUGUAGUGUGUGUGAACUAGGUGGGGGGAGGGCAUUUUUAUUAUUUUAAUUUUUUUUUAAUUUUAAUAUUAUUUUUUUUAUUAUUUUUUGUCCCCCCUCCCUGCUUGUUAACUGGUCAGGGACGGGGGCUAUCUUAAUCCCUGGUGGUCCAGUGGCAUGGGCUGUGAAGUGUGGGGGCCGGCAGGAAGCAUUUACUUACCUUUCCUGCAGCUCCUGUCAACUCCCUUCUCCUCCGUUCCGGUCAGCUCCACUGUAAGUCUCGCGGUCUGGUUGCCGCGCGGAUCGUUGCCAUGGCUCUGACGGCCGCGGCUCUAAGUUGCCAUAAUACAGACAGUGACUCGAGUAUAAGUCGAGUGGGGGUUUUUAAGCACAAAAAAUGUGCUGAAAAACUAGACUUAUACUCGAGUAUAUACUGUAAGUGUGUUUUUUUUCAUUGUUAAGAAUGUCCUGAUGAAAGCUCCUUAGAGGAGCUGAAACGUCGAUUUCAGAUGCACAUUGUAAAGUAAACCUUUGAAAUUCCUUGAGUGCCGGCAUCCUUUCUUUAUCUACAUUUGAGCCACCAGAGCACCAGGUACUGUUUUUUAUAAGUUGGAGUGCAAGGGCUCUUUGUAUUUUUUUAUAUAUAUGUAGAAAGGCCAUUAGGCCUGAAUUUGUGGGAGGAGUAAGUCCCCUACUUAAGCUCCCAGCCCCUACUCACCGCUGCCGCUCAGCUGAUUGUCCUUAGCAACCAGCACUUCCGGUCCAGCUUCCCGCCAGAACUGUACCUGUUUCCAGCAGCCAGACGCCCUGUGCAAUCCUCCGUCCGUCCGAGGUCCUUCCACUCCGUUUCCCUCCGGUCGAGGUACCCGACUUCCGGUCACGAGACCGGCGCGUUCACGUAAGCAAGGCGUGGGAAUUAGCGUUCGCUAUUUCCCCGCCGUUCGGGCCUAAAAACGUAGGGGUAGGCUCCCUCUUUCGCAUUUUCACGAAUACACGCUUUCGUUAAUAUCUCCAUUCGCGCCAAAAAAACGCACGAACGUUCGGCUCAUUUCGCUAUCAUUUUAUGCUUUUUCGUACGGAAACAACCGAAUAAAUAUUUCAUGUUUAAGCUCAUUAUUAUCUGUAUUCACUUUUCCGUUCGGUUAUUUCAGCACCAACCUAUUCGUAUGGUCAAAUUCACGUACACCAUCUUACUAAUUUACAUUCGGUUAUUUCUAUUCUUUUAAGCUAAGCUUGCAUAAGUUCUAAUCACAGUCCUACUAUUAUUUAUUCCUUCAUAUGAGUUUGCGGUUACAUUACAUGGUUAACUACCAGCCCUGUGUUUUUCUACCUUGUUAAACCUUUAAAGUAUUUUUCUGUAAUAAACAUAAUGUUCACCACGAUUCAUAACUUCAUACGUGUCUAAAUUCAAGCUAUACCAUUCUUUCCUAAUAACACUCAGAUAAGUCUUUUUAAACACUAUUUACAAGUUAUACCCUUUACACAUAAUCCGUACUAUUCCUUGCACAUAAAUCACGCUGUCACAUCUUUUGGCUUUUACAGUUUGCAUCGGUCUCUUGCUUUUCUGCAUUAAAAGUUGUUAUUUCAAGGUCCUUUUAUUACAGGAACAGGUAUGGUUUUUAUCACCUUGAGUUAUCAGGUUUUAUCAAUUAUCUCCACAUCUAUUGCUAACUAUGGAAUUUGUCUUGGUUAAACCCUUAGAUCCUUGUAUUAAUCUAAGCUUCCACCGUUUCUACGCAGUUAACCUGCCACGAUUAAACAAUCUCUGUACUUUAAACAAAGGUAUAGUUCACUCUCUUUUCAAUACUAGACCUCACGCGGUCUCAACUCCAUUACUACCUUCCCUCAGGCUUACGCCCAGGAUACGUUAUCUCUUUACUACUUGUCUACACAGACUUUCGGUCAUACGGCCACCAGGCUCAAGAAGACACCAAAAACCUGACACGGUACUCAGCCAUACCUUCAGGUACUUACAUCCUUACUCAAGUACGUCCAUUCGCUACCCCAAGGCCUCAUUCUGCCUUCUCACUCAUAUCCAAAAUCAUCCCAUUCCUACACCUAAACCUCCCAGAUCCCUCAAUGCAGGAUCUCACGUCGUGCCCCUAACAAACCUUCUCCCUAUACUAUUCAUACGACAUCACGAUACGUAUAAACACAUCAACAUCUGUCUUAAACCCCCAGGAUUCUUCCUCAAAGACAACAUUUAAGACAAAACUCUCUACACUUACCAGGAGGCUCCAGAUACCAUUUGCGACCAGUCAAGGUUAGUAUCCACACACCAUUCCAGUCCUCUAACUUUACCCUUUAGCAUACUAUCGAACUGGCUAUACGGCACAGGCUAAUGCCUUAGCCCACCCUAUCAGGAAAUCUGAUCCCGCGAGGCCUACCACCCCCACCCCACCUCAACACGGAGGUACGGCCCCACGCCCAAAUCAUAGUUAUAAGCCUCGCAUGCCUUACUACAGGGCUCUAGUUAGGGCCUCACCUGUCACGGCCACACGUUUUGAUUUCUCUUAUCGUCACCGAGAGGCCAACAUCCCGCCACCACGUCUGUGGCACCUACGUCAUAAGCCAAAUCAUAGGUAGAGCCUCUCAUCGCCACUUGGCAUUAGCAGGGCCUCACCUAUCCAGUCAUUCAACAGUUACGUUUUUCGCCUCGGCAUCUAGCAUUAAAGUCCAGUUCUUCAAGACACACCACUCCCCAUACCCCCCCCUUCUUACCUCACUCCCCUUCUAAUAUAUCUUUCACAUAAUCAUUCCUUUUUAGAAUGUCCCAAGAACCAAUUCCAACCGAAGAACUGACAGAAGAAGCACCAUUCACGCCAAUCAGACCCGUGUCUCCAGGCGAAUUACUCACUCUUUCAACCCCCACGUCCUUGAGAGCAUGGACUAUUCCCAAAAUCACAGCCGAGCUUAGGCUCAGGGGAAUCCCCUUUCCGGCCACAGCUAGAAAGGCAGAACUUUACAGGCUGCUUACCCACCAAGUCCCCGAGCCUCGGCCGGGAACUAGCUCUCAAGGACAACCACCAAGUAACAGCACGGCCACCCAGGAUACCCUGGCAGAUAUCUUGGCCAAUCUACAGGCCCUCAAUAGCAGGCUGUCUAAGGUGGAGAGCGCCAUCUCCUCCUCAGGUACUAACACCGUAGUCCCAGUCUCUACCACGGCUGUACCUGCCAUACCUUCAUAUCCCUCUAUACUCCCCCCUCCAGCACCUGGCACAGCCAUCACACCUUUCGAGUCACCAGCACACUCCGUCCCAGAUUCUAUCAGGAAAGAUAUCCUUGACGGGAAGGAUGUGUGUCUGGUGUCUUUACUCAUAGCCUCUCAGGAUGUACUCGAGAACAAGGCAUACAAUUACGGUGACAUCUCUGUUGUGCUUAAAACGAGGGAUCCCAGGCUUAAUAAAAAAUUGUCUAUCCCACAGUUUGUGAUAGCUUUCGGGAUAUACCGCGACGUCAUUUGCACGGUGUAUCCCCAUAGGAGAGAAGAGCUAGAUCUCUAUCUCCACAAGGUAGUGGAUCUAGGCAUCAAGUACGGGGGCUCUUCCUUCUAUGACUACCACAAGUCAGUCUCAGCGAAGGCGGCGACCCAUCUCAAGCAGUUCAACAUUAGAAUGAACUGGGGUCAGAUGGACACUGAACUUUUCUGUCGCCACUUCGCCGGACUCAGGCCCCCGGCUUGUGCCAUCUGUAAUUACACAUCCCACAUGGCGGACUUAUGUCCCGUCGAACCAGAUCCCACCACCUCCACUCUCACCCCUCACCCCACGUUCACACCUCACUCCUCUUUCACCCCUCACAAGCCAGCGGGUGGUCUCCGGGAUAAGCUGGGUAGGCCCAUCUCCUUUAUAGGUAAAGCACAGGUGUGCAAUAAUUUCAACGCAGGCUCCUGCAGUUUCAGCGCCUGUAGAUUAUUGCACAUCUGCUCCAUAUGUUUCAGGGCACAUACCAAGACCAUGUGUCCAGCCAGGUUGUCACCAAACAAAUGACUAACCGACAUAAAUAUCGACAACCUGGUUUUUUAUCUAAGGUGUCACCCCAGCAGGCACUUAGUGGAUUUUCUCACCACAGGUUUCUCACAAGGGUUUCACACAGGCAUAAUAGCCAUUCCCCCAGGUACACUAGAAUGUCCUAAUCUCCAGUCUGCACGUUUAGACCCAGUCGCUGUAGACACUCUCAUUUCCGCAGAAACCACAAGCGGUUUCAUGAUCGGUCCUUUCACCUCUUCACCGUUUUCCUCCUGGCGCACUAACCCUAUUGGUAUUGCUAUUCACAAAUAUUCUAAUAAAAAACGUCUCAUUAUCGAUUUAUCGGCACCGCACUCCUCUUUUGUUCCAAGCAUAAACGCACUGAUUCCAGCAGACGAAUUCUCUCUGCAGUACGUCACCAUCGACGACGCCAUACAGUCCAUCAUGACAUCUGGUAAUCGACCCUGGCUCAGCAAAACAGACAUCACUAACGCCUUUAAAUUACUGCCCAUACACCCCUCACUCUGGCACUUACACGGUGUUAAAUGGCGAGGGUAUUAUUACUUCUCAACACGACUCACUUUUGGUUCUCGAAGCAGCCCCAAACUUUUCGACAUUUUCGCAGAGUCACUAUGCUGGCUGCUUCUGAACGUCAUCAGGUGUCACUCCGUUAUUCACUAUCUAGAUGACUUUCUACUGAUAGAGCCAGGGUCAUCAACACCCACAGCAAUCAAUAGUACUACCGCACUUUUUUCCACACUUGGAGUCCCUUUGUCCCCAGCCAAAACUAUAGGACCCACAACAAAGUUGACCUUUUUAGGCAUAGAGCUCGAUUCUGUCAAACUCAGAGCUAGCCUUCCACACGACAAACUUUCACGAUUGAGAGGGGAGAUAGACACGUUCCUGCGGAAUGACGUUUGCACCAGGAGAGAACUUCAGUCCCUUCUUGGAUCUCUGAACUUCGCCAUGCGCAUCAUUCCGCAGGGAAGGUCUUUUAUUUCCAGACUUCUUUGCCUGCUCCAUGGAGUCCCGGACUCCGGCACAGUUUCUUUGGACCCCCACGCCAAGGCUGACUUGGCUAUGUGGGGGAAGUUUUUGAAAGACUGGAAUGGUAUCUCCAUGUUUUUCCCCCCUCUCUCCACCUCUUCACCCAUCAUCCACACGGACGCAGCAGCCAACACCGGUUUCGCAGCCAUUUUCGGGAACCACUGGUUUAGGGGCCACUGGCCCACUGAGACGGAUGCCUUGCCUGGAUUCAGGGAGACCUCAACCCUAUUUGAAAUUUACCCCAUUGGGGCCGGCCGCACACACCUGGGGUCAUCUCUGGUCCGGCAAGGCAGUAAAAUGCUACUCAGAUAACUCGGCAGCUUGCGAUAUUAUUAACAAAGGGCGCUCAUCAUCCCUGACCAUCAUGCGGCUGAUUCACAAGUUGACCUGGCUGGCAGCAUCCAAUCAGUUUCACUUAGUAUGUUCUCACAUCCCGGGUAUUCACAACACCGCCGCUGACGCUCUUUCUCGUUCUCGAUUCCAGGCAUUUUCUCAGGCACUCCCAACGGCUCACCAACAGCCAUCCAGGACACCACGGUUUCACGAACUAAUCUUGGAUUAAGCACACUCUUGCUUCAUGCUAGAUCACUCACCAAGCAUUAUCACCCAACACUGCUAUCACUUACAAUAGGGCACUUAACAUAUUUAACAAAUUCACUGCAGAAUUCGGGCUACAAGGUGACUUUUCUAUCCAAACCAUGGUGUCUUUUGCCUCUUUCUGCCACCUACACCUUAAUCUGUCACAUAACACCAUUAAACUUUACCUCACCGGGGUUCAGCACCACAGCCUCACCAAUUUUCCUAACAGCACCCCUUUUUGUCUUCAUACCCCAUAAAAAAGGUCUUGAAAGGUAUAUCAAAGGUUUCACCACCACUCGCAAGCACUAGAUUACCCAUAGACGGGCCUAUCUUCAGGUCUCUUAGCAAUCUCCUUGACACAGCCCCAUUUGAUAGCUACACCAAUACGGUGAUAAAAUCUGCCAUAUAUCUCGCUUUCUACGGUUUUCUCAGACCUAGAGUUCACAGUGAUUUGUCAAGGAGAUAUCGCACGAUGCCUUAAAACUUCACACCUCACCAAGGUAGAGGAUCACUACCUCCUUUCUAUCCCUACCACUAAAACCAACCGGUCAAUACAUCCUACAAUAAUUCCUCUCUUCCCUACUGAUAAUGCCUGGUGUCCGGUGAAAGUUCUCGACCAACUACGGUCAACUCUUCACACUCACCUGCCAGACUCUCCGCUCUUAACAUUACAAGGGCACCCGCUUACCACGGCAAAAUUGAUGUCACAUGUCAGAACCCUGUUAUCUAAGCUCGGACACAAUCCGGCUGCAUUCUCCGGGCACUCCUUCCGCAUAGGAGCCGCCUCAGCAGCCUCAAGCACAAACGCACCGGUCCACAUCAUCAAAAGGCUCGGGCGAUGGAAAUCCUCCAUAUAUAACGCAUAUAUUCCGCAACCAGAGAAAGAGCUUCGCCAAGCUUUCAGAAACUUGGUCUUGUAAAAUGCAAUAAAGUGUGUAUUUUCUCGAAUUUAUCUUUUGCCCUCUUUUAUUUACAGGCCCACUCGUACGUUGGUUUCGGCACACCACAACCAACUUUGCUCACAGUUACUAUCCAUCACGUAUUUAAAUUCCGAGCACAAGUAGAAAGGCCAUUAGGCCUGAAUUUGUGGGAGGAGUAAGUCCCCUACUUAAGCUCCCAGCCCCUACUCACCGCUGCCGCUCAGCUGAUUGUCCCCACCCACCUACACCCUGUUUUAACUACAUUAUCCUUGGUGGGCCCUCUUUUAUUUACAGGCCCACUCGUACGUUGGUUUCGGCACACCACAACCAACUUUGCUCACAGUUACUAUCCAUCACGUAUUUAAAUUCCGAGCACAAAUAUAUAUAUAUAUAUAUAUAUAUAUAUAUAUAUAUAUAUAUAUAUAUAUAUAUAUUUAUAAUUUUCUUUUUUUUAUCUUGAAGUGUAGGUAAAUUCUGAAUAAUUUUAAAGGGUUACUUCAACCACCAUGACUACUUCAGUGAUUGUCAUGGUGGUAGGAGUUUGGAUGUGCAGUUUAAGAUUUAAACUUUCUUUUGGUUUUAAGAACAGGGACCUGUUCGCAAUGCCCAAUAAGACAUUCUAAGCCCCAAAACGUAGUGUCAGGGUUGGAGUAACCCUUUUAAAGUCAUUAUUUACUUCUGAAACAUGUUUGGAUAGUGGCAUCUGUUUUAACUGCAUAAUUCAAUUUUUCAGAUCCCAGAAUAUCUUCAUCAUGUAAACAGGAGAUUGGAAGAAGAAGUUGACAGAGUUAUCACUUAUUUGGAUCAUGGGACUCAGUAAGUACACGUAAUAUUUUAAGUUUUUUUUUUUUUUUUUUAAAGUUAUUUUUGGUCAAAGUGGGAACAGUUGCGCACCUGUGAUAUAACAGUCUACUGAAUUCACUUGCCUUUGAGCCAGUGCUCAAACUGCGCAUUUCACUUUAGGAGUUAAAUCCCUUUGUUUUUAACCCUGCUGUAGCCACACCUCCCCUGAAUGUGAUUUACACCUGAAAAAUAAAGUCUAAAGGCUGUGUGAAUCACAACCAGGGGAGGUGUGUCUAGAGCUGCAUAAACUGAAACAAGGCAUGAUCUAUACAUCAAAACUGCUUUAUUCCAUAUACCGGUAAAUAAUAAUUAAGCUAAAGUUGUUCUGGUGCCAGCAGAAAUGGGGAGCAGAACAAAGGUCAUUGCAUUUGACUCUCACGUACAUAGUGAAUAUUUGUUCAGUUUUAUUGUAUAUGUUUAAGUGUUCAAUAUAAAACUGAUAUACUUUCUUUUAUCCUACAGUAAACCACUUAUAGCUUGUGUGGAGAAACAACUACUGGGUGAGCACUUGGCUGCCAUACUUCAAAAAGGUAAAAUGUAAAAGAUUGUUUUAUCAUGGUUCACCAUUUAGACACCUUUAAAGGACCACUCUAGGCACCCAGACCACUUCAGCUUAAUGAAGUGGUCUGGGUGCCAGGUCCAGCUAGGGUUAACCCAUUUUUUUCUAAACAUAGCAGUUUCAGAGAAACUGCUAUGUUUACAAAUGGGUUAAUCCUUCCUCUAAUUCCUCUAGCGGCUGUCUCAUUGACAGCCGCUAGAGGCGCUUGCGUGAUUCUCACUGUGAAAAUCAGUGAGAGCACGCAAGUGUCCAUAGGAAAGCAUUGUAAAUGCUUUCCUAUGCGCGCGCGUGCGCAUUCAGCCGAAUGGGAGGAGGAGGAUCAGAGGAGGAGAGCUCCCUGCCCGGCGCUGGAAAAAAGGUAAGUUUUAACCCCUUUCCUCUCCCCAGAGCUGGGCAGGAGGGGGACCCUGAGGGUGGGGGCACCCUCAGGGCACUAUAGUGCCCGGAAAACGGAAAAGUAUGUUUUCCUGGCACUAUAGUGGUCCUUUAAGAAACAUAUCAAAUGACAUCCAUAUUAACAUUCCAAGCCACCACCAUACUUGCUGUUUAAUAAACUGUUAAUGACAUUUCACCAUUAUUGGUUUAGUUGUUCUUAUAAUCUUAUAACAUGAUUCAAACAUGAAUCUGAUUUUUGUAAACAGGUCUGAAAAACAUGCUGGAUGAAAACAGAGUCCCAGAUCUUACUCUUAUGUAUCAACUCUUCAGCAGGGUGAAAGGUGGUCAGUUAAUAUUGCUGCAGCACUGGGGGGAGUACAUAAAAGUAAGUUUUUAGUUUUACUAUGAUAAAAACAGUAGUAUGAUUCCUGUUCCAGUCUCUUAUCAUCCAAUAACAAAUGUGUUAAUGACAAAUGUAGCUAUUUUAAUAAUACAUGUCCAUUUCAUAUGUGUUAAUUUUUUUUUUCAAUAUUUUGUAAGUAGAGGUGAGCCAACUAUGGGGAAAUUAGCACUCUAGCUACCCAAAUUUACAAAAUCUGAAUUCUCGCCCCCUCUCCCACCCAUAAUAGUCUAUAUGGCCUCUAGAAGUAUGAGUUGUUCUGCUUACAUUCAUGUUUAUUUGCUUUAUGUACACUUUAGUAUGAAGUUUGGAGAGCAUGUUAACCUCAUAAGAUCCAAAGCGUUUGUGAACAAGGCCUUUUUUUGGGGGUUUUUUGCAAUGAGUUCUUUCUACCACAAUUUCACCCUUUCUGUUUAAGUGCACCCAUGUAUAUUAUAUAUAAUUUUUAAAGGAGAAAUUGUGUUUUCUUUUGGUAUCCUAUAUGUAUGAAUAAUGCAAUAUUAUUAUAUAGGAAUAAAAUAUUUUAAAAAUAGGUGGGUUGUCUCUAAUCCAACCCAUAAUUUAACCCAUUUUCCAACCCAUAGUCCUACUCAUAUUCCCAGCCCCUAACCACAUCCUCUAAUUUCACCCCUUAAUCCCACCUCCCACCCCUCUGACACCAACAGAGGGAUUUCCUAACUCACACAGUGUACAGUGUGAUUGCAGCAUGACAGGGAGAGCUCACUCUCUUGAUGCAGCACACACAGAGAUCAGGGCUGGGCUGUUAGCAGAGUCUGGCAGCGAUCCUGCUGCAGGGGAGACUCACCAGGAUCUUUUCAGAGGGAGAGACUGAGGGGGUGGACAAAAUAAUUCAUUUUUAAAUUUACCACAGGAUAGCAAUUGCGCUGAUAUAGCAUUUAAAUGAAUUUUAGGGGCUAUGAGCAGCGUUCACUUUGAGCUCUGCUCAUAGCUAUCCUGUAAGCCUAGCCCCAACCGAAAAAGGGAAGCCCCAUGUAUUGAAAGAUGCCUGAGCAUCCCCUUUUUCCUGAUGCUGGGGCUCCAUUCACACUAGUUGUAAUACUGCUAUUUGUUUACUUGGGUUCACUGUGCUGUUUGGGAGGGGUUAUGGUGGAGGACCUGAAGGGGAACAUUGUGUACCACUGUAACCCUAUUGUAUGUAAAUGGGGUUUUUGGGGUUAUAGAUGUGCUGUUUUCAAUAAAGGUUAGUUGUGGUUUACCCAAUGCUAUGUCUCGUGUAGUAUUUGGGUGGAAGGUGCAUUAUGGCGAUCAUCACUGCCUUGCUAUAAUAACUGCUCUAUAGAAGAGAUGGUCUCUAAGUCUAUAAUCUCCACAGCACUGGUUCUGAGAGACCCCAGUCAAGCUUCGGCGACUGGGUCUGAAGCACCCUAGAGUUCCUGGUAGCAACGAAAAAGCUGAUCUGGCUGAUGUACUCAGAGUACAGUAGCUCCGUCACAUAUAUAGUCUGUCAUAACACCGCAAAAGGUGAUGUAGUUGAGCCCUGUAUUUUUAAUGACAGAGUGAGAUAAGUAGCAGAUAGCACGUUAAUGGUUUUUCUCAAUAAGUGCUGCUGUAGUGGCAGGAAGGCACAAGAAACAGGACAAAUGGUUAAUUUUGUGCAUUACUCUGUUAUGUUACAUAGUAUUGUCUGCUGUCCUUAUCUGCAUGGGAUAUGUAGUAAUCUGCCACACAAAUAUUCCCAUUAACCCACCUUUACCUCAGCAGCAUCAAAAAUACUUUCAAUUACUUCCUCCCUCGGGCUAUCACAGUGGGCUAAUUCUCCCACCCAUGUAGCUGGCAAUACCUUGGACCUCAUCUUCUCUUAUGCAUGUACAGUAUCUAAUAUCUGCAACACUCCAUUUCCUCUCUAAUCACCACCUCUUAACGUUUGCUUUCAAGUACCCCCUCACCCAACAACCUCAGCCUAACCCCCCUAAACUCAGGAGGAACCUUACUCCUAUUGACCUACAGCAGCUGUCAGCGGAUAUUGAUUCAAAACUGCUAUCCAUCCUGUCCCUCACUGGCCAUCUCCACAUAUAACAUCCCUCACAUCUGCCUUGAACGCUGCAGCUCCGCUCCAAACAAGCACCUAAAGGAGGACACGCCCCCAACCGUGGCAUACUUCAUCAACACGCUACCUGCAAAGAUGCUCCAGUUGUGCUGAACGCUCCUGGAGGAAGUCUCGCACCCAGUCAGACUUUCUCCAUUAUAGAUUCAUAUUGUGUUCAUACAGCCCUUGCCCUUGCUAAACAGUCAUACUUUUCCUCUCUCAGUUCAUGCUCCCGCAAUCCCAGGCAUCUCCUUGACAUCUUUAAUUCUCUUCUUUGCCCUGCUGUGGCCACCUCCCCCCAAACUAACCUUACUGCCAAUAGCUUUGCAUAUUACUUAACCGACAAGAUUGUACAGCUAAGGAAAGAAUUCUCUCCUCCUUGCCGUUCUCUUUGUCAACCACACUUUCCUACCCUUCAGACUUUCACCCCGGCUACUGAACAAGAGGUGGCUGCGCUUCACCUUUCCUAUCGCCCCACCACUUGCCCGCUUGAUCCUGUCACAUCUCACCAUAUCAGAUCUCUCUCCACUUGUCUUGUGCUUUCCUUAACGCAUAUCUUCAACUGCUCUCUCUCUUCUGGCAUUGACCCUGCUGACCUUAAACAUACCACUGUAGUACCUAUCCUGAAAAAAACAUCUCUUUACCCGUCCUCCCCCUCUAACUAUCGUCCUACAUCCCUGCUCCCUUUUUCCUCAAAGCUUCUGGAAAGUCUUGUCUUUACCCGUUUGUCUCACUUCCUCAAUUCCAACUCUCUCCUUGACCCUCUUCAAUCUGGCUUCCGUUCUCUCCACUCUACUGAGACUGCGCUUAUCAAAGUUACUAACAGCCUAAAUGCAGCUAAAUCCAAAGGCCACUACUCCACACUAACUCUUCUUGACCGCUCUACUGCCUUUGACACCGUUAAUCAAGCUUUUCUUCUUCAAACUCUUCAAUCACUCGGUCUCUGUGACUCUAUCCUCUCGUGGUUUUCCUCUUAUCUCUCCCAACGCUCAUUCAGUGUCUCCUUUUCUAAUGAUACCUCCUCUCGUCCUGUCUCAGUUGGAGUCCCCCAAGGCUCUGUCCUUGGUCCUCUUAUAUUUUCUCUUUAUACUGCCUCUCUUGGCAAACUUAUUACCUCUUUUGGAUUCCGCUACCACCUGUAAACUGAUGACACCCAGAUAUAUCUCUCCUGCCGUCCUGCAACAUGUCACUGCUUGCCUUUCUUCCAUCUCUGACUGGAUGUCCUCCCACUUUCUGAAACUCAAGUCUUUCCUCCUCCUAAUACUGAUCCUCCUCUUGCACUGUCCCUUCAAGUUAGUGGUAUCCACAUAAGUCCAUUCUUGCAAGCGCGUUGUCUUGGCGUCAUAUUUGAUUCUGGCCUCACAUCCAGUAUGUUUCCAAAUCCUGUAGAUUCAAUCUUAAAAACAUAGCCCGCAUCCGCCCCUUUCUUUACCAAGGAGCUUGUCCAUGCUCUAGUAAUUUCCUGCAUGGAUUAUUGUAACCUUCUCCUGAUUGGUCUUCCCAAAAGCUGUAUUGCAUCGCUACAGUCUGUAAUGAAUGCUGCCUCCAGACUGAUUUUCCUCUCUAGUCGGUUCUCUCACACCUCACCCCUCUGUCAGUUCUUACAUUGGCUUCCUGUAUCCUAAAGGAGUCAAUUCAAGGUACUAAUUCACACCUAUAAAGCACUUAACAAUUCUAGCUCCUCUUAUCUCCUCACAGAUCCAUAGGUAUGUCCCUUCUCGGUCUCUCCGCUUUGCCCGUUACAUUCUCCUGUCCGUUGUUUGCAAACGUACGGCCAACUCAGUUCUCGCGGGCAGCUCCCUUCCUAUGGAAUAGUCUGCCUACCGCCAUCAGACUCUCCCCUAGUCUGGCAUAUUUUAAGAAGUGCCUUAAAACCCAUCUAUUUAGGAAAGCUUAUGGCCUCCCAAAGUAACCUCUACCUUACAUACCUGUCUCUUGCUCUCUCCUAAAGGGCAGCACUCUACUCUCUCCUCCAGCUCUGCUUCACUCCCACCUUACUUGAUUGCUAUUUCCUGUCCUAUUGUGCUUUAUACCCCAUCUCCUAUAGAAUGCAAGCUCGUUUGAGCAGGGUCCUCUUCAACCUAUCAUCGUUCCUGUAAGUUUUCUUGUAAUUGUCCUAUUUAUAGUUCAAUCCCCCCUCUCAUAAUAUUGUAAAGCGCUACGGAAUCUGUCGGCGCUAUAUAAAUGGCGAUAAUAAUAAUAAAAUAUAGCUAUACAUUGUUCAAUAGUGUUACAGCAUUCCUUUUUACAAAAAUAAAUGCCGCAGUUGUUUGGCACCUAAUAUUUGACACGUGGUCUGUCAAUGGCAUAGGUCACAUGAUGCAUUGUGUGGAGUACCAUGAACUUAUAUACUUUAAUUUAGAUUUUUGGCUUUAUUAUUCUGUUGUUGAGAAUAGUCAAUACAAACCAUAAACAUUAUUCAGUGUUCUAAAUGUGCUUUCUGUAAUGAACAAGUUUGCAAAUUACGCAUUUUUGAUAUUUAUCAUGCCAGUUUUGAAAAUCUGCAAUUGAGCUUCGUGAGUUUUUUUUUUCAAUCAGACUUGAGUCUUUUAAAACGGUAAUUGGCAUUAGACAUGCGAUUUCUUUCUGUAUAAGGCAGGUGAAAAUAAAUGGGCCAGUUACUAAACUCCUUUGCUCUGCAUGUCUAAUGACUUGACAAACGUGUGUGCAAAGUCUGUAUGUAACCACUAAAAGCUGACUCUGUUAUAAAUGAAAUCAUAUACAUUGCCACCUAGAUUGAUAUAGAGUAUAAUUUUCUAGUUUAUAAUGUUUAUUCAUGUAACUUAGAAUUAACUAAUCCCUUAUUCAAAUGCAUGUGUCAACAUGGCUCUAAUAAGGCUUAAAAAAGUCUUAUUUAAACACUUCCUAUUAAAGUUAUAGAAUAAGGCAUGACUAGCACACUUUUGUUAUUUCCUUAACAUAUUGGUUUAUUUGCUGCAGAGUUUUGGGAGUUCAAUUGUUGUGAAUCCUGAAAAAGACAAAGACAUGGUGCAGGAGCUGCUGGACUUUAAGGAUAAAGUGGACCAUAUAAUUGAUGUUUGCUUUCAGAAGAAUGAGAAAUUUGUCAACAUGAUGAAAGAAUCGUUUGAAACGUUCAUCAACAAAAGAGCCAAUAAACCAGCAGAGCUCAUAGGUACACCUUGUUCUGUUCUGUACAGAUUACUUUUCAGCUGAGGACACAUGUACAUAAAAAAAACUUGCACUUUUUGAAACCAGAAUGUAUUCAAUGUAACCAGAAAGCAAACAAAAAGUUGACGGAAAUAAAAUCUUAUUUUGUGCCAGAUUUAUGGGCAUGUAGUUUUGUAAAUUAAAAUAAGGUUAAAUAAAAUUAAAUCUGUAUCGAUAUGGUGCUUGCAGUUGAUGCAUGCUUUUUUUACCCUCAUACAAGCUAAAGUGCAACUUUCCAGAAUGUCUUGUGUGCAGAUGAAUACUCCAUAUCAAGAAAACAUAAAGGAUAACAUCUUUAUUCCUGUAAGGGCAGCUUGGCCAGUGCAAUAUGUGCAUUGUAAAUUUUAAUAUCUCGGCAAAGUAGGCCUUAAAACAACGUGUGUUGCAUAUAUUAGGACCAGAAUCAAUAUAACAUACAAUGAGGGAAACCCCAAAUUGUCUUUUGAAUUGUUGCUUACCAUUCUUGAGAUGACUUUUGUGCACUAGGUACUGUUUAAUCUACAUCAGAGACAUCUUAAAAUCCAGUUGAUAAUUGUUGUUCAGUACCUUGUUUCACUUUGUACAGUUUUAUUAAGCUUUAUAAAACCAUUUUCUUGACUAUUUCAGAAAAUAUCACUGAAUAGCAAAAUUAAGAAUUUGCAUUUCCAUAAUUAACACCUUAACAACGGAGUAAAUUGUCCAAGUUCUGAACCAAAGCAAAACCUAGAACAUGCACCAUGUGUUUGUUCUGCAAUAAUUUAAGGGUUUCUCUUUAAGUGCACCCAUACAUAUGUAUUGGUUUUGAAAAGAAAGAAAAUGUUUUCUUUGAAUAUCCUAUAUGAAAACCUAAUACAACAUUUAAAGGACCACUAUAGGCACUCAGACCACUUCAGCUCAAUGAAGUGGUCUGGGUGCCAGGUACCCCCUAGUUUUAACCCUGCAGCUGUAAACAUAGCAGUUUCAGAGAAACUGCUAUGUUUACAUUGAGUAUUUAUGCAGCCUCUAGUGGCUGUCUCACUGACAGCCACUAGAGGCCGCUUCCGUGAUUCUCAGUGUGAAAAUCACACUGAGUUGACGAUGGAUGUCCAUAGGAAAGCAUUGAGUAAUGCUUUCCUAUGGGCGGUUUGAAUCCGCAUGCGGCUCUUGCCGCGCAUGCGCAUUUGGAGCUGACGUCUGCAGGGGGAGGAGAGGUCACCAGCGCUGAGGGAGCCCGGUGCUGAAUUAAGGUAAGUGGCUGAAGGGGUUUUAAUCCUUUCAGCCCAGUGGGAGGGGGCCUAAUAACCCUAUAGUACUAGGAAAACGAGUUUGGUUUCCUGGCACUAUAGUGCCCCUUUAAGUGUGAAAACAUUUUUUAAAAAUAGGAAACAUUUGUUUCCCAAAUGUCUAGGACAACACCAGGUUCUGAAUUAUAUCUGAUUGCAAUAAACUAGCUCCAUUAAAAAAAAAAAAUAUAUAUAUAAAUAUUUUAUAUAAAUAAAUUAUUUAUUUUAUGUGCUACUAUUUUCUGAACCGUUAUAACCACCUGUGUUAGACCAGGUUCUAUAUUAGACACAAGCAUAAGUGGUAUAUUGCAGAGUUCUUGUAUUAUACGCUCCAGGUUAUUGUUCUCAAUAACCACAUUUAAUUUUUUUUCAUAGCCAAAUAUGUUGAUUCAAAGUUACGUUCUGGAAACAAAGAAGCAACUGAUGAAGAAUUGGAGAGGUUCCUUGAUAAAAUUAUGAUCAUUUUCAGAUUUAUUCACGGUAUGUAUGGUACUAACCAAAACAAUGCUUUUUCCCAGGGCAUAAAUGUUUUCAUAUUGUGAGUGGCUUUCAUAUGUUUUAUGCAAUAAAGUGAAGUGGAAUUAGUUUUGCAUAUUACAGCAUAUUUUAACAUGAGAAUACAGUUUCUUAGAACAUGAGUAAUAAGUAUACUUGAUUUAUGGAAAUCAAUAUUUAUUUUUGUAUACUCAAAUGAACCUGACCAAACUAUUACAAUAUUUUGUAUACAGUCAUAUUUUGUGAACAUCACUACAGCACUAGCUGAGAGAUAAUUUCUAAAAAAAAAAAUACUGCUCCUGUUUUACACAUUUUUUUUGGCUGUUUAUAUUACUGAUUUUAUUUGUUGAAGUGCAUUAUUUUAAAGGACCACUAUAGUGCCAGGAAAGCAUACUCGUUUUCCUGGCACUAUAGUGCCCUGAGGGUGCCCCCACCCUCAGGGACCCCCUCCAGCCCGGCUCUGGAAGGGGGAAAGGGGUUAAAACUUACCUUUUUCCAGCGCUGGGCGGAGAGCUCUCCGCCUCCUUCCUCCUCCGUUACGCCCCGCCGUCCUAUGGACGCUGGCGUGCUCUCACUGUGAAAAUCACAGUGAGAAGCACGCAAGCGCCUCUAGUGGCUGUCAAUGAGACAGCCACUAGAGGAUUAGGGGGAAGGCUUAACCCAUUAAUAAACAUAGCAGUUUCUCUGAAACUGCUAUGUUUAUUUAAAAAUGGGUUAACCCUAGCUUGACCUGGAACCCAGACCACUUCAUUAAGCUGAAGUGGUCUGGGUGCCUAGAGUGGUCCUUUAAAACCACCUGAGGCAGAGAUAUACCAGGGCAUUGCAAAGCAAUGCUUUUGGAUACACUUUGCAAGCUAAAUAGGUUAAUAGAAAAACAAAAACAAACAACUACAAAUAUAGCACAGGAUUAACAGAAUGACUGCUGUACAACUGGCUUGAAGUUAGGGGAGCCAAUCCCCAAUAGGUUAGAGAAUACAAAGGGGAUGUGUAAAGAAGGGGAAUAUUAAGCUCCUGUAGCAAAAAGGGUGACUCCAAGAAACUUUAAAAGAACACUUUUUGUCUUAAGAAUGCAAAAAUGCAUUUGUAACACUAACGUGUUCCUCUUCUCCCGACCCCACCAACGAUGUAAAGUGUAAAAUAAUGCCUUAUUCACUUACCCGAGAUCUGCUUCCUCCGACUUCACCCGAUGCGCAUCUCAUUCGGCCAUCCUCAUAGGAAAGCAUUGCUUUCUUUUGUGUUUUUAUCUGACGCUGGAUGUCCUCAUGCAGAGCGUGAGGAUCUCCAGCGUCAUUUCAUGGAGUCAAACUCUCUCAAAGACCAGGAAGCACCUCUAAAACAGCUGUACAACUGUUACAAUCUAUUCUAAAUGUUUUAUGUAAAGGGCAAAAAAAUCAGCAUUCUAUAAUUUUAUUUAUUUUAAUACAGGAAAAUGCUAUUGAAGGUUGGAAUUGAGUUCCUAAUGUUGUUUCCCAAGCAAACACUCCAAACCCAUAAAGCACUUCAGCUUCAUGGUGGCUGAUUGUGAUGAUUGUGCAUUAUGUCCCUGAGAUGCAGACACUGCUUUUGUUGUCUUUUAUAAUGUGUUCACAUAACAUUUUUUCUUUUUCUUUUUUUUCUAGGUAAAGAUGUAUUUGAGGCAUUUUACAAAAAAGAUCUUGCAAAAAGGCUUCUAGUGGGGAAAAGUGCAUCUGUUGAUUCAGAGAAAUCGAUGCUAUCAAAACUUAAACAUGGUAAGGGGGAGGAAUGGCAUGAUAUAGUGCAGUUAUUCUUAUUUAUAUAGUGCAAACAAAUUCUGCAGCGCUGUGCAUUGUUGUCUAAUGAUUAAAAAAACCUAGUAUGUGAAAAUCUUAUUGAUUUAGUACUCACCUUUCCUCUCAAGCAUUCAAUUAGCUCACGUGUGCAACUUGUCUUGCUCUUUAAUUGGUAUUCAUUCUUUUCUCUCAUGACCUUUCCAAUCUGUACACUUAUAAAGCAUUUAGAGUCCCACAGGAAGAAAAGUGCUGUUAAAAUCACCUUUGUUCAUUAUCAAUUCUACGUUUCCUCCCAAGUGUGUUGUGUAAGUUUCUUUAUUUAGUUCAGUCCCUUAAUGUUCCUUUACUUUAGGGCUCCAAGCCAAAAAAAGUUUCUCCAAACAGAAAUUGGUGUGUGUGUGUAUAUUAUUUUUUACUUUGUAAUAUUCUUCACUUUUUUUUUUUUUUUCUGUAUUAUUUACAUGUUGCUUUAAUGACACACUUCCUUGUUGUCAUACCCAUUCAUACCAUCAGUUGAAGCUCUGACAGGUUAAAAGCAGUCAGCUGACACUCUCAGCCAAUCACAGCUACCCAUUGCUGCUCAGGGUAAUAUUUCCUUAUUAGCCAAAGCAGCACAGAGGGGAUGGACUGCCGGGGUCUCUUGUUUAGCAUUAAAACAUUACAACAUUAAAAACUGUUUAAUGCUGAAAGAAAUGAUGGCACCAGGGGACUCCAUACACUAUAACCAGUUUAAUGAGAUGAAGCAGAUACAGUGCCUACGGUGUCCCUUUAAUUAUGCUUUCCACUCGAGUCUGAAAGCAAACACUUGGAUUUUAUGUAAAUUAGCAGCUUACCAUACUUCUAUUAAUAAAGUAGUGUAUUGCAGUGUACUAGAAACAGUACCUUCAGAGUGAGCGUCGGCUUUUGUGUUGUCGUGUAAACAAAUUGUAUAGUUGUGACAUUUUUCUAAUACUGAUCACUUUGCAGAAUGUGGAGCUGCGUUUACCAGCAAGCUGGAGGGAAUGUUUAAAGACAUGGAACUCUCCAAAGAUGUGAUGAUACAGUUCAAGCAGGUAAAUUAUUUUUUUUUUUUGUCCGGUUCAAGACCGGUUUUUUGACAUAAAAAUUCGGUUUUCUGUUAAGUUAAAACAGAACUUUAGCUGAAAUUCAGCUAAAUAGAAUACCAUACAGGAAAGAUUUGUUUUACAUCAACUGUUUUUUUUUUUUGUUUUGGUUUUUUUUUUCACAUACCUUCAAUUUUCUAUCCAAUUGGAGGAAACUUUACUUCCCCAUAGUCAACUGUUGAAUCUCAAAUGUUAACGGGUACCAACAGGGCAAGAUUUCACGUUAGACAAAAUAGGCACCUGCCUACAUAGCAUGCCUGAUAGAGGCACCUACACUGCUUCUUAAAAGCCCCCUCCCUGCCUACUGCCCAUUUGCUGACCAGAACAGAGUCUGCUUGACUCUGGGAUCACUGUAUUCAGUCUGAGGGAGUCUGAUAUGUGCAUGACUAUACCUUCUCAGACUCAACACCGUGAUCUCCAGGAAAAGGCUGGGGACAGAACGGCAACACCUAAACGAAUAUAUAUAUAUAUAUAUAUAUAUAUAUACACACACACUCUCUGCUAGAAAAUGUUCAUACCCACACUGUUACACUCCUAUAUAUUUACUGCUACACAUGCUGCCUGCAAUGCGUGAGACACACGAUAGAUACAUAUAUAUAUUUCUCAGGGCUUGGAGAAACCCCCCCCACAAAUCCUAACAAUAUACCAGAGGGUGCCAAAUUAAAGUACAUAUAUUAACACAUACCAUAACUGAAUUAAAUCAACAUAAAACAGAAGGAAGAGGGCACAAAGAAAAACCAUGGCACAAUACGUUUCUUCUCACAAAAUCAUUAAAGAAAAUAAACCAUAUUCAUAUACAUACCAGAAACAGCCGCUCUCAGACAAUCAGUGGCACUCUGCCCUUCCUAAAACGAAAAUUACAGGAGCCGUGUGCUGCGUGGGAGGAGUUGAAAUUGGUGCUGGGGGCAUCUUUAGGGUUAAACUGUUUGAGAAUAGUAAUGUAAGAGAGAACAGAGGCCUCCUGGCACCAUAACAACUUAAUUUAGAUUAAGUUGUUAUAGUGACUAAAGUGUCCUUUUAAAUAAUUGAAGGUUUUUUCAGUAUCACUCUAAUGGCCAUUUAAAGUGGCACUGUCAACGUCUGGGUACCUGGCCUGAAUUCACAAAGACCCCUGAUGGUGACCGUGCCGCUGGGGGUCCGGAGGCUCAGGGGAGCAGGUAAAGGUGAGAUUUACAUACCUGAAUUUGCCCUUUGCAGGCUUGGCCAUUGUGAUCCGACGGGUCCUCUUUGGGGCUGACAUCACUGCAGUACUUUUGUGCAUGUGCAAGACUAGAAUUGAGGUCUAUGGAGGACUUGCGUGAUCCUACAUAGACACAGCCAUUUCCCUGGGAGGAUUAACACUUAGACUUCGUCCUGAUUCUAUUAAAAGUCAGGGGGAGGAGAAAUAUAGAAACAGUAGUCCCUAUUUUUUUCUCUGUACUGGGUUGGAUUUUUAAUGAAAUUCCAACACAGUCAAUAUGAGUAUUUCAUAAAGAUUUUAUGUUUAUGAAAUACAAAUUUUUGGGGGUGUGGGGCAGGGUGACCGUGCCAGUUGUAAGUGUAAGGUCACUUGCCACGUCAAGGCAAGCUUUAUAGCUAAGUCCUACACAAACACUUCACUUUGCUCAAGAAUUGAAGAAUUGCAUUAAUGACACGAUGCUUUAAAGUGUUGCAUCAGUCAUAAGUACUAUGUUUAUUAAGUAGACGUUUGUUGUUUUUUUUUAUUUGCAGUAUAUGCAGAAUCACAGUGAUCCAGGUAGUAUAGACCUGACCGUGAAUAUACUGACAAUGGGAUACUGGCCAACCUAUACACCAAUGGAUGUUCAUUUACCGGCAGAGGUAAGGAAACAACUCUUCGUCUGUACAAUUUUGAAAGUAAGGUACUGUGUUUUGUUAUAGAAUAAAUCAAUAUAAACUGUGUGGUGAACAUUGUAAACAAUUCUUAAAGUAAAUGAACACUUACAUUUAGUUAUGUUGUCAAAUACUCAGUUUUAGAUCACAUAGAGCAAGCAAACUGCGUAUGCAUAGUGUAAACUGUAUAUGUAACUACCUACAUAUAAACAUUAAAUAGACCUAUUUUUACAAAGGAAGAGCAGCCCAGGAAUUGUUCUAAUGUAGCCAGCAACCAACCAAAAUAAGUGUUCAUAUUUAAAUGUAUUUGCCACCAUAUUUCUCUUUCCAAUGAAUGUGCGGUCUUGAAGGCUCAACAAAUACUGCACUGUUUCUGUAAGGCAAGUUUGGCCAGAUUGAAUAGUACACUUUGUAACAUGUCAGCAUAAUACGCCGGUCACUGGCAAUGAGCAGUAUGUGUGUUCAAAAUGCCCAUGUUCAUUGGAAAAUAAUUUUUAUUUUUAUUUUUUUUACUUUAGUAUUAGACAUUCUAGAAAAGGCCUGUACAACCUGAGGCCCCCAGAUAUAUAUAUAUAUAUCUUUUUAAAUUCUUUAUUUUUCAGUUGUGCUUAUGGUUACAAACAUGUUUGUUCUGCCACACCAGCAAGAACUAAAAUAUUCAAACGUUACAGGUAUUUCAACAUUAUGGCAUUUGAGAUUUGCACACAAUUUUACAUUUUUGGUAUAAGGCAUUUUAUGAAGAUGUGUAUGUCAGCAAGAGUGGUUUAUAGGCAUAAUAGUGUUUGUUUCUCGUGCACAAUCUCACAUGUAUACCGGACAGGCCAUACCUGAUGCUCGUGAAACAUAUCAGUUUGUGUGGUCAGGGGAGUCAUACGGUUUUUGUGCUCAGUUGUGUUGUGUCACCGGGCUUAUAAGAUUUCAGGAUAGUAAGUGACCCAGGUUUCUGUUGGAUUAAAAUGAUAUGGAUUUGCGUAGGUUGGUUUAUAGGGUGGGUCACGUGGCAAGGUAACCACAUCGUGUUUUAGGUGCGAGCGUAGGACGCGGCGGGGCACUUGAUAGAUCUUUGGUGAAAUAAGCACUGGUGUGUCUAGUUGUCAAGGUUCCUCAUUGAGUGGUUUGCCCCUGACCUAUGGGGUGGCGGGGACUGUAGGGUUCCUGCCUCUCCAGGUCUAUGGAGCCUCCAGCCUUUAUUGGUCAUCUGGGAGUUAGUGUUGUCAUGUGGAUUAUCAGGCGUGUGUAACUUAUCAACACAUGUUAAACUGGAAAACUAGCGAUACAGUAGUUGUGAACACUAGAAAAAAAAAUUAAGAGAAAAAAUUUUAAGAGAAAAAUCAGUCCUAAGUAGCAGGAGCAGUCGACAGCGCCGCCCUUCUCCAGGCACUGUGUGUGAAGUGUGGGAGUUAUCUCUCGCCUUUGCCGGUCAGAUAGCUUGGUCUGCUGGUGUCAUGGUUCGCGGGGUGUAUGGUAAUGUGUUUUCCGGGUCCCAUCUCUGUGUAGUGGUGUUUGCUGUGUUGUUCCCUUCUGGUAGUCCCAGCUUGGUUAGUACUGCAGGGGCUUCGUCGGGCGUUGAGAUCUUAUGCGUUGUUCCAUUGUGGGUGAUUAACAGGGAUUUGGGUGCACCCCAGCGAUAUGGCACCCCUACGUUGCGCAGUUGGCUUGUGAGGUGGGUCAGUGUUCGGCGCCACUGGAGUGUGGCUCUAGUUAGGUCCUGGAAAAACAGCAGUUGUGCAUGUUCAAAGUCCAGUGGGGUUUUACCCCGUAUUGCCGACAUGAUGUUGGCUUUGUCCUGUGAGGUGGCACAGCGUAGAAUGACAUCCCUGGGGGUUGUGCUGGGCAUGGUAGCUGAGGGUGGGAGCCUGUAUAGCCCCUCGAAGAUUGUUUUCUUAGCUGUCACUGGCGGCAAGAUGGUAGCGAGGAGCCUCCUGACAUAAUGAGGCAGUUCAUCGAGUGUGAUGUCCAGGGGUACCCCACGUAUUUUAAUGUGAUUGCAACGGGCACGAUCUUCAUGGAGUGACAUUUGAAGGGAGAGUCCCUGCUUGGUGGUCUGUAUUUGUUGUAUCAUUUCUUUUACUUGUGUGAUGUCAGUUUGGAUGUCCACAAUGCUCUCCUCUGUUACCCGUACCCGUUCUGUUACGUUGUGUUAGUCCACUUUAGCUUUAGUCCCCUUUAAGUUAGCUCACAUCUGUGGCCAGCGUUUUCUUGAUGUCUUGUACCCAGUUAUAUAGGUCCUGUUUGGUGGCCAGUGUGUUAUCAGGUGGUGCCUGUGAUAGUGUCAGGAUGUACUCACUGUCUGCCUCCGUUUGUACAGGUGUUUGGGCUUCCGACCGGGAUGGUAUCAGGGCUUGUGGGGCCCCCGCGGCCAUUUUGCAGUGCGCCUGCCUCUGCAGCAAGGUCCCGAUAUUGGCUUGCUCCACUGAGUGGCCGGGCUGUGAUCUUUGUGUGCGUCUUCCCAUGUUCAUUGGGGUAGUGUUGUGGGUCGGCAGAGGAUUGCUGGCUGGGUCCGGCUCCCUUUGGCUGUACGCUCCGUCCAAAAGGAACUCAAGUCCGGUGAUAGUCGUGAGGGGUAGGCCUUAAGCCUCAGUUUCACCUUGCUAGACCGUGGAGUGUAAAGAAAAGGCAUCAAUAUGUGCGCUCCGUUGUCUCGAUGCCGAUUUCAAGGUGGGUUUGGUAAUUGGUCAGUCCCUUCUCAGGAUGUUUGCGGAUUUGGCCCCCAGAUAUUUUGAACUACAACUCCCACAAUCCCCUGGCUAUCAACCAUGAUUCCCUGGCUAUCUGUUUCAUUCAAAAAAAAAACAUGGACAUUGGCUAUGUGGUUCAUUAAAUGAAUAAUGGUCUUUGGCUAUCUGUUUUAUUCAAAGAAUUAUGGGCUUUACAUAGUUACAUUGUUACAUAGCUGAAAAGUCCAUCAAGUUCAGCCUUCCUCACAUUUUUUAUUUGCUGUUGAUCCAAAAGAAGGCAAAAAAAACGUUUGAAGCACUUCCAAUUUUGCAACAAGCUAGGAAAAAAAAUUCUUUCUUGACCCCAGAAUGGCAGUCAGAUUUAUCCUUGGAUCAAGCAGUUAUUACCCUACAUUGAAAGAUUAUAUCCUUGAAUAUUCUGUUUUUGCAAGUAUGCAUCUAGUAGCUGUUUGAACAUCUUUAUGGACUCUGAUAAAACCACUUCUUCAGGCAGAGAAUUCCACAUCCUGAUUGUUCUUACAGUAAAAAAAACCUUUCCUUUGCCUUAGACAAAAUCUUCUUUCUUCCAGUCUAAACGCAUGGCCUCGUGUCCUAUGUAAAGUCCGGUUUGUGAAUAGAUUUCCACACAAUGGUUUGUAUUGGCCCCGAAUAUAUUUGUAUAAUGUUAUCAUAUCCCCUCUCAGGCGACGUUUUUCUAAACUAAAUAGGUUUAAAUUUGUUAACCUUUCUUUAUAGCUGAUAUGUUCCAUUCCUUUUAUUAAUUUUGUAGCACGCCUCUGCACUUUUUCUAGUGCCAUAAUAUCCUUCUUUAGAACAGGUGCCCAAAAUUGCACAGCAAAUUCAAUAUGUGGUCUUACCAGUGAUUUAUAAAGAGGCAAAAUAAUAUUCAUGUCCCGAGAAUGAAUGCCCUUUUUCAUGCAUGACAAUACCUUCCUGGCCUUGGCCACUGCGGAUUGACAUUGCACAUUGUUGCAUAGUUUGUUGUCUAUAACAAUUCCCAAGUCCUUUUCAUGUGUGAUUAUCCCUAAUUCACUUCCAUUAAGGGUAUACGUUGCUUGUGUAUUCUUUACGCCGAAGUGCAUAACUUUUCAUUUUUCAACAUUAAAUUUCAUCUGCUAUUUGAGUGCCCAGUCUAUCUAAAUCACUCUGCAGCAAAGUAAUAUCUUGCUCACAUUGUAUUAUUUUACAGAGUUUUGGGUCAUCUGCAAACACUGAAACAUUACUUUCAAUGCUGUCUUCAAGAUCAUUUAUAAACAUGUUAAAUAGAAGGGGUCCCAGAACAGACCCCUGAGGGACGCCACCUCUGUCCAGCUUGAAAAUUUACCAUUAAUGACAACUCUUUGUACUCUGUUUUUAAAGGACCACUAUAGUGCCAGGAAAACAUACUUGUUUUUCUGGCACUAUAGUGCCCUGAGGGUGCCCCCACCCUCAGGGACCCCCUCCUGCCAGGCUCUGGGGAGAGGAAGGGGUUAAACUUACCUCUUUCUCCAGCGCUGGGCAGGGAGCUCUCCCCCUCCUCCUCUUCGGCUGAAUGCGCAUGCGCGGCAGGAGCUGCGCGCGCAUUCAGCCAGUCUCAUAGGAAAGCAUUUAUAAUGCUUUCCUAUGGAAGCUUGGGUCUUCUCACUGUGAUUUUCACAGUGAGAAGCACGCAAGCGCCUCUAGCAGCUGUCAAGAGGCAGCCAAUAGAGGCUGGAUUAACCAAUUUAUAAACAUAGCAGUUUCUCUGAAACUGCUAUGUUUAUUAAAAAAAGGGUUAAUCCUAGCUGGACCAGGCACCCAGACCACUUCAUUAAGCUGAAGUGGUCUGGGUGCCUAUAGUGGUCCUUUUAAGCCAAUGUUCUACCCAAGAACAAGCAUUUUCAUCUAGACUGAUUUCCUUGAGUUUGAACACUAAUCUAUUGUGUGGAACUGUAUCAAAUGCCUUGGCAAAAUCCAAAUAGAUCACAUCCACUGCAACACCCUGACCUAUACUUCUACUUACUUCUUCGUAGAACGCAAUCAAGUUAGUUUGACACGACCUGUGCUUCAUAAAACCGUGCUGAUUUUUGCUGAUAACCAUGUUCUUCUCAAGGAAUUCUUGAAUAUUAUCCCUUAAAGGACCACUCUAGGCACCCAAACCACUUCAGCUUAAUGAAGUGGUCUGGGUGCCAGGUCCCUCUAGGAUUAACCCUUUUUUUUUUUUUAUAAACAUAGCAGUUUCAGAGAAACUGCUAUGUUUACAAUAGGGUUAAUCCAGCCUCCAAAUCCGCUAGUGGCUGUCUCAUUGACAGCCGCUAGAGGCGCUUGCAUGAUUCUCACGGUGAAAAUCACAUUGAGAACACGCAAGCGUCCAUAGGAAAACAUUGUAAAUGCUUUCCUAUGAGACCAGCUGAAUGCGCGCGCAGCUCUUGCCGCGUGUGCGCAUUCAGCUGAAAGGGAGGAUCGGAGGCGGAGAGGAGGAGGAGAGCUCCCUGCCCGGCGCUGGAAAAAAGGUAAGUUUUAACCCUUUCUUCUCCCCAGAGCCGGGCGGAAGGGGGUCCCUGAGGGUGGGGGGCCCCCUCAGGGCACUAUAGUGCCAGGAAAACGAGUAUGUUUUCCUGGCACUAUAGUGGUCCUUUAAUAACCUUUCAAAUAUUUUCCCAGCCACAGAAGUUGUAGUUCAAAAACAUCUGGGUGGCCAAAGGUAGUGCAGGCCUGUUCUAGAUGUACCUUGUAAAGCACUUUAUUUCUUGUCAUAUUGUUCAAUUCCAUCAACAUAAUACUUAUCUGAAAUGAAUUGUAGCUAAAUGAAUCAUUGUGGAUGUAGGUCUACAAGUGAAGACAGUUAGCGAGACAAUGGGUCAAGCAAGCAGCUACUCCGACUGGGCUGCCCUCUGAAAGGGCUUGUACUCCCAGGCAGCUAUCGACCCGUCUGCCUGAUAUACCCAGGCAGGCAUCGACCAGUAUGUCUUUCUUGCUUUUGCAAGGCAGGCAUCAACCAGUCUGCCUGUCUUGCUUCUGCAAGGAAGGUAUCAACCCAUCUGCCCGUGUUCUGUCUCCCAGGCAGGUGUCUAUCCCUCUGCCCAUUUUGCUUCUGACAGGCAGGUAUUGAACCCUCUGCCUGUCCUGCUUUCAACUACUGCCUUUACAAAGGAACUUGCUGCUCAGAAAACUCUGCUACUGGAAUUAGAAAUAGAACAAACGUUAUAUAGAGGAAUUUAGAUGCCUCGGAGGUAUCAUGGUGCAUCUAUAGAGAUUUUUACAUUUUUUUUUUUUUGUAAAUAUGUUUUUAUUUCAGUUUAUAUUGUCAAGAAUAAGUCACAUUGAGACUCGCAGGUCUCCGUAAGCCUUUAGGGCACAGUAACCAAGGUACAACAUGUGCAUAACUUUUUUACUUCGGGCAACCGGGCGCGCAGGCCCACAAUUUCGCUGGACUCGCAGGUCCCUUUCAGCAUGCAGUUCUUGUCCCUAAACUAAUGUGACGUUUGCAUUCGGUCGCUUCGUUUGUUAGGUAACAUUAGGUAAACUUCAGUUUGGACUCGCAGGUCCACUUAGGGUGGAACAGAAGCAGCCUAUGAAAAGGAAAGACGGUCUGCGGAACCAGCAUUGGUGUCGUGUUGGUCACUAUGUAGCGGGUAUUAUAGUCGGGUGUCGGGCCCGUGUGUCUCGUUGCAGUAAGGCGGUCAGGUGAGAUUUUUAAAUUUACAAGCAUAACCGGGAAUUUUCAGAGGACAGGAACUAAGGGAGUCCACCUGAGAAGUGUUUUAAGUAGGGUCCUGGAGUGCAUUCAAUAAAUGCAAUGCACAAUGGGAUGGAGUGAAAAAGGUGGAUGAAGUGGACUGCAAAAGAAGAGUGGUUCAGAAAGGUACAUAAAGAAGAAGUUGGAAGGUAGAGCAAGGUGAGAGGAAACCCAAACCACCAUCCUAUCAAUAACAUUGAACAGACCUAGAAAUAAUUCUGCUGAAUUUACAUAGAUAAUCAAAGCAGAUAAUAGUAUACACUUAAAAUUCUUCACUUAUAACUUAUUUAAUUCUUAGUGUAAUACUUUUAAACAUAUAGGCCAGCAGAAAGAGACAAUGCUACUUUUAGCCUGUGUUAUUAAAUUAUUUUUAUUUUGUUGGUUUCUUCCUUUGCAGAUGAUAAAACUCCAGGAGAUAUUUAAGACAUUUUAUUUAGGAAAGCACAGUGGAAGGCGACUACAGUGGCAGUCAACACUGGGACAUGCUGUACUAAAAGCAGAAUUUAAAGAAGUAGGUGCUCUAUUUCUUAUUUAAUCCACUGGAUGUCUUGUUCAUUAACUCAUCAGUAUUACACAUCUCAAAGUGUUUGUGUGUCAUGUAUUUAAAGCAGGACUUCCCUCAGUAAAUGUUUGUAAAGUGCAUACUGGGAUGAAUAGUGUUUAUUUAUAUAUAUCGGUAUGUGUGUGUAUGUAUAUGUGUGUGUAUAUAUAUAUAAUUAUAAUUUUAGGGAUCCUGCUGUAAUAUCUAAAAUUAAGAAGACAGUAUAAAGAUUGUUUGUAAUCCGUGUAGAAAACAAUUUUACUGUUGCACUAAUUGCCGAUGAAAUAAGCGCUUUAAAGGACCACUAUAGACACCCAGACCACUUCAGCUCAAUGAAGUGGUCUGGGUGCCUGGUCCCUCUAGGGUUAACCCUGCCUGCUGUAAACAUAGCAGUUUCAGAGAAACUGCUAUGUUUAUAAUAGGGUUAAUCCAGCCCCUAGUGGCUGUCUCAUUGACAGCCGCUAGAGGCGUUUCCGCACUUCUCACUAUGCUUUUCACAGUGAGAAGACGCCAGCGUCCAUAGGAAAGAAUUGAGAAUGCUUUCCUAUGGACUGACUGAAUGUGCGCGUGGCUCUUGCCAUGCAUGCGCAUUCGGCCGAUGACGUCCAAAGGAGGAGGAGAGGCCCCGGCGCUGGAGAAAGGUAAGUGUUUAAUCCCUUCCUCCAACUUCAGCCCGGCGGGAGGGGGGCCAUGACAGUGGGGUGCACCCUCAGGGCACUAUAGUGCCAGGAAACCGAGUUUUCCUGACACACUGGUGUCUUUAAGGGUGCCUCCCUUAAUACUAGGCAAGGUGCUAUCCACCACACCGGUUGGAGGAGGUUCCGGAGUUUUUUUCACACAAACUCUUCGAGGUAUGUCUUCAAAAGUAUUUAUUCAAUACAAAAUAGUUAUAAAAACAGCACAAGUAUCAUAAAAGGUUGUCCUAAGCAUUUCGUCCUCAUACGAGGAAUUCCUCAGGGACCCGUAUAAUAAAAACAAUGUGCAAUGAACAAAGUGCAAAAUACAGCCUAACAAACCUCCCCCCACAGUUCUCUUAAAUAGGGCUAAUCCCCGAAAGUUCAUUGGUGAUAUUGUGGGUAUUUCUUCCUUUUCCUCCUUGGAUUGAUGCAGCGCUUACUUUUUCAGCUGUUUUCAUUCUUGUCAUUUCGUCCGUGAUUGGUGUCUUCAUCUUUCCAUGAUGUAUUUCCAUGCAUUCCAUCUUUACCUUCCGUAAAGAUGGUGGUGCAUUUCAACCAUGAAAAUCAAAGAAAACACACACUCCCUCUAGUGUUCUCAGAGGGAAAUUAGUUGAGGUUGCCUGAACGGAAACUUCUGUUAGUCAUAUAUCCUUGUAACUUAAUUACAAUGAAAUCGCUAAAAGAAAUAUAAAUCAAACGAAAUCAUACAAUACAUUCAUUUUGAACUGUGAAUUAUUUACACCUUAUAACCUGUAUUUGAACUGUUUAGGUGCAUAUUAUAUACCCUUAUUCAAGGUAUCUCCUCAUCAUAUGGAUGCGUUCAAAAACCUUCCAUAGGGAUUAUUAGUGUUAACGUUAAAGUAAAUAAUAAACAAAAUGUGUAUAACAUUAUUUACUACUGGGUGGACAUGCCAACUAGAUGAUUACUUAAGAAACCAAAUAAUUGAGAUUAUUUAAUGAUCGUUAGUAUGAUCUAUAUUAAUUAUCUAUAUCAAUUACUAAAUAUUUAUGAAUAUUCAUUAGAUUUUUGUGGCUAUUUCCUUCUUACCAUGUAAAUACAAAUGAAAUAUAAUUAGAUUAUAUUUAAUACUCAAAUCCAGUUUAUCUAUAUCGAAUAUCAUAUAAGAGUAAAGAAAAACUGUAGCCAAAAAGGGAAUAUAAUGAGGGGGGGAGAGGGGGGGUACAGGGCUGGAGAGGGGUGUCAGAGUAGCUGUAGCUUAUAGGAGCAUAGAAACAUAAAAGACAAAACAAACAAAACAUUUAGGGCAAUAUUAAAAUGGCAGAUAUAAAGUCUGCUAAUGAGCUAAACCCCCCUCAAAUAUGCAUUUGUGAGCAGUGUAAUCCUCGUCCUCCAAAGGUCUUACCAGUAUGGCAGUAUAUUGUCCCAUGUAUAUAUGGAAUAAAAGGAGAUUAGAGCAGAUGGUGAAGCACAGGGUGUAAAUAAAGGAAACAUACUUACCUUUUAUGCAGGAUUUUAGAUGGAUGGCAAAUCUGGCAGGCAACUCUGACCGCGGUGGCAACUCCAGGGUGUGGGACUGGCGGGAACUCAGUGUUUCAGCUCCGCCUGUUUAUCACUGCAGCUGCGCAGCGCGGGAAAUGUUUUUAAUUCCGAUAGAGCGGCUGCGCAGUGCGGGAAUGUCUGUGUACGUUAAGUUAGUGUCCGCAAAGCGGGGUAUGCCUGUACUUAAACUAAAAAAAAGCACACUUGGGCUAUAUCGACUUUUAAUCCAUAAGGAAUUAAUGUCUGCAUCCUAUGUAUACAAAAAGUUUCUCAUUGUGCUAAUUGCUUUUCUCGAUUACCCCCUCUCCAGUGUGGUAAGAUUCUUUCAAUACCCAUACAUUUUAAACCUUUUAAGUGGAAAUGUGGGCAACUGUUACAAUGCACCGGGAUAGAAUGUGUCUUUAGUUUUUUUCGUUAAUAUUCUCUAGUAAUCGUAUUUUUAAUAGACGUUGAGUUCGACCUAUACAUUACUUACCACAUGGACAGUAGAUAUACUACAUGGUCCGUGUGGCAGUCAAUAAAAAAAUUUAUGGGAAAGGAUUGUCUUGUUGGUGAACUGAUGAAGGUAUUAAUAUUACUCGUAUUAUCACCUGCUGCAUCCUUUCAAUCCCUUUGUCUCUAUCUUGGUCUUAAGGUUUCUUUUGAUUGCAUAGGUUGGGGCUAGAUAAAUGUUUUUUUUUUUUAAAUGAGUGUUGGUUGUUUUGGUCUAUUUUUUUUGUUUUUGUUUUUUUGUUGUUUUUUUUGCGAAUACCAUUUUUGUACAAGUUUCUUUUUUAUAUGUUCUGCUUGUAUUUGAAAAUCCUGAACUUGAAACCAGUUACGUCUAACUCGAGUAAGCUGUCCCUUGGUGAUUCCUUUCAACCAAGGUUGGUGGUGACAACCUCUCUCGUGGAUGUAAAUGUUCCCAUGCGUUGGCUUAAAAUAGUAUUUUGUUUCAAUUUGGCCUGUCUUAGAAGACAAAGUGAUAUCUAGAAAAUGUAUUUCACUUUGGUUCAACACUGGGGUAAAUUUUAAAUUGUAUUUGUUGUGGUUCAAAUAAUUGACAAAAAAAAAUCAAAAGUUUAAUUUUACCCCUUCCAAAUUAUAACAUCAUCAUCGAUAUAUCGCCGACAUAGGACCAGGUUCUCCCUCCAGUCAUUCCUCGACCAGACAAAGAGGUCUUCCCAUCUCCUCAUGUAGGUGUUGGCAUAACUGGGGGCGAACCUGGUACCCAAGGUGGUACCCAUAAUCUUUACAUAAAAAGAACCCUCAAAUUAAAAAUAAUUAUGUUCCAGAAUGAAUCUUAUUCCUGUCAAAAUGAAUGCUUUCAGAUUUCUUGUGGUCGCUCUGUCUUGGCACAUGAAAUGGUUAACAGCCUCUAACCCAAGCUCAUGGCUAAUUACUGUAUACAGUGUGGUCACAUCUAGUGUGACCCAACUGUACUCUUCUAGCCAUUCAAUGUUUUUUACCUACUGUGGAAAGGAUUUAGUAUCCUUUGUGUAUGAUAGAGCCUGUUGAGCAAAUUUUUGUAAAUGGAAAUCUAUAAAAGCAGACAAAUUGGCAGCAACCGAAUCAAUACCGCUAAUGAUGGGGUGUCAAGGGGGAAAAAAAUAUUUUUGUGAAUCUUGGGGAUGAAAUCAAAAAUUGGAAUAACUGGACACGUGCACCAUAAAAAAAUAGAAAAUUCUUUUUUGAGAUCACUCUGGCUGAAACAAAAAAUUCUUUGAGGUUUUUUUUUUGUAAACCUGUAUACCUUUUCUGUGAUUACCUAUUAUAUGGCAGAGGUAUGAAUUAUCUACAAAGAAUAAAAAAGGGCAAGAUCCCAAAAGAUUUGAGUUGAUGUUUAGACAUGGAUAAACCUAGACAAAUAGAAGGUCUAUAUGAAUACUUUAAGCGUAAAGAAAAAGGGGACUCUCAGUGCCAGGAAAACAAUCAGUUUUUCUGGCACUGCAGGUCCCCUCUCCCUCCCACCUCUCAAUCCCGGUUGCUGAGGGAUGAAAAUCCUUCAGUCACUUACCGAGACCCCCUGAUGUUCCAGCUCUCCUCCUCUUCAUUAUUAUGGCCGCCAAUGUGCACAUCGCCUUCCUCCAUGGAAAGCAUUGAAAAUGCUUUUCACUGCUUCCUAUGGGGAAUUAGUGACACUGGAGGUCCUCACACAGCGUGGGGCGUCCAGGCUCUUUCUGUGCUAUGGACCAGGGAAGUGCCCUCUAGUGGCUGUAUAGUAGACUGCCACUAGGCGAGGUUAAAUUCUCUAAAGAAAGUAAAGAAAAUUAGAACAAGAACUGAGAAAUGAAAUUGGGGUAGAAUGUAAUAUAGAGGAUCAAGACUUUAAAGAGAGAGAGAGGAGAUAAGCAAAAAGGUUAAAACAUUUUAGAUGAAAAAAAAUUGCAGAUAGUAAAAAUAAUAAAUAUAAAGGGGACAUACAAAGCGUUGUAAUCUAUUCCUCUAAAAAUAAAACAUUGCAUAAAAAUCUAUUGUAACAUAUCUCAGAAAAAGAUCUUUUAGACCUACAUUCCAAAACAGAAGAAUAAUCUAUUUCAGAGAGAGAUCACUUUAGAAAAUUGGACAACAAAUCAAGUAAUUCCUCUAAAGAUAGCAAUCAAAUAUCAAUGCACAGAAAACCCAAUUCCAUAUGUACACCAAAUCCCUGAAAAAAUGGGAUGAAUAGUGCUCUGAGUUUAAGUAAAAACAUACUGGCCUCAUUACACUUAAGGACCACUAUAGUGCCAGGAAAACAUACUGCUUUCCUGGCACUAUAAUGCCUAAUGCCCGACCUCAGGGACCCCUCCGCCAGCUCUGGAAGGGGAAAGGGUUAAAACUUACCUUUUUGCUGGUAGGAGAGCUCUCCUCCUUCCUCUCCUCCUCCGUUCCUCCUCCUGGGCUGAAUGCUUGCCUUGCGCAAGAGCUGGCCAGCAUUUCAACCAAGCUCGCUAGGAAAGCAUUUCAAUGCUUUCCUAUGCCUGCGUCUCUCACUGAGAAAAUCACAGUGAGAAGAACGCAAGCGCCUCUAGUGGCUGUCAAUGAGACAGCCACUAGAGGAUUGGGGGAAGGCUUAACCCAUUCAUAAACAUAGCAGUUUCUCUGAAACUGCUAUGUUUAUAAAAAAAAUUGGUUAACCCUAGCUGGACCUGGCACCCAGACCACUUCAUUAAGCUGAAGUGGUCUGGGUGCCUAGAGUGGUCCUUUAAGUGUUCAGGGCCCCAUGUUGCUUUAUGUGGGCUCAUGCAUACAAUCACUCUGAAAUGCUACAUGUUCAUGGCACUGCAGAGGUUAACUUACUGUAUAUGGUAUUCCCUGCACCUGCCUGGAUAGCUAGUCAUAUGAUCUAUUUUAAAAAUAUUGCUACAACUGAGAAUUUUAGAGAAAUAACCCAUAGCUAACUUUUAAUAAGCUGCUGAUUUGUGCAGAAAUCUUCUUUAAAGGACCACUAUAGUGCCAGGAAAACAUACUCGUUUUCCUGGCACUAUAGUGCCCUGAGGGUGCCCCCACCCUCCGGGACCCCCUCCCGCCCGGCUCUGGAAGGGGGAAAGGGUUAAAAACUUACCUUUUUCCAGCGCUGGGCGGAGAGCUCUCCUCCUCCGUUCCUCCUCCUGGGCUGAAUGCGCACGCGCAUUCAGCCCGUCGCAUAGGAAAGCAUUUACAAUGCUUUCCUAUGGACGCUUACGUGCUCUCACUGUGAAAAUCACAGUGAGAAGCACGCAAGCGCCUCUAGUGGCUGUCAAUGAGACAGCCACUAGAGGAUUAGGAGGAAGGCUUAACCCAUUCAUAAACAUAGCAGUUUCUCUGAAGGACCUGGCACCCAGACCACUUCAUUAAGCUGAAGUGGUCUGGGUGCCUAGAGUGGUCCUUUAAGCAUUAAUAUAGAACUAUAAAUUGGUUUUAGAUUAUAAUAUCAAGCAAUGGCUAGAAGGAAAAAAAAUCCUAUAUUUAUAGUGCUUUAUUAACAAAUCUGGCAUGUGCUAUAUUCACUCUGGUUCCUUCAAAAUCAUAAGCCAUACAUUACUUUUACUUUAAGCGGCACUGUCACCUUAUGGGUUUUCCUUGAUGUGGCAUGUGAAAUUUAUGAAAUACUCAAUAUGACUGUGUUAGAAUUUCACUGAAAUCCCUACCUAUUAAAGAGACCUACAGAGACAAAGCAGGGACUAAUUUGUCUCUGUAUUUUUCCUCCGCCUGACUUUAUUAGACACAGGGUGGAGUCUAAGUGUAAAUCCUGACAGCCGUUACGACUGCAAGGAAUUGGCUGUGUCUAUGGAGGGUUCCGCGAGACCUCCUUAGAUCUCAGUGCUAGUCUUGCACAUGCACAAGAGUACUGCAGUGAUGUUGGCUCCGAAGAGGAUGGCCGAGCCCACAGGGGACAGGUUCAGGUAAGUAAAUCUCACCUUUACUUGCAUCCCCAGCCUCCGGACCCCCAGCGGCACAGUCACCAUCAGGGGUCUUUGCGAAUUUGGCCAAGUCCCCAGACUGUGACAGUGUCGCUUUAAAUUGCCAUUAGAGUGAUACUGGGGGGAAAAUCCAGUAAUAUAAAGGGACUGUUUAGGCACCAUAAUAGCUUAAUCUAAAUAAAGUUGUUAUGGUGCCCAGAGGCCCCGGGCACACUAUUACUUCAAGGGGUUAAACCAUUCUUAGAAAGUUUAACCCCAGAGUUGCGAGUUUUGCUGGAACAUCCAUAUACCUCAAUGCUGUACCUUUGUGCAUGGAUGUCGGCUGCGCAAGGAGCUGAAGAGGAGCAGACUGAACAAUAACAGAAUACAACAGAGACAAGUGGUUAUGAAGGUAACUCAAAUGAGUUUACAAACUAUGAGAAUACUCCUCAAUCACAAAUUAUAAACCUUUGUGAAACUCACUGCACAAAGAAUCUCAAAAAGUUUGUAUUAAUGUUUGCAUAAUGCACCUGGAAAGAUUAGAAUAAGCUUUCUUAAAGCAUCUCUGUCAACUUUGGAGUCUUUGCAUAUUUUGUGAAGAUCUCCUAAGGUGACAUCCCUGCUUGUUGUACUGAGGCCUGGCCGUGCAUUGGAAGAUAUCUAUACUUAACUGAAGCUGUUACUUCAGGCAACACCAUCUUCGAUCUUCAUCUCAUGGCAUUUCAUCUACCAAGAGACGCAUCAGUGCUGAACUCUCACAUGUGCAGUAAAAAACUAACGUCCUUUGAGGCUGCUAAAGCUUCUAUAGACUCAGUCUGCAAGAAACAAUUUGAUCACCACAGCCAUUUCUAGCGAUGGCUGGAGGAAUUGACAAAGCCUGAUGGCAAAAUCUUUUGUGAAGGUUUUGUCAGCGUAGGACUUAUAUAUGUAUUUGAAACAAGAAAACAUGUUUGUAGAACAUACAAAAAGAAUUUACAAAAAUACAAUAAUUACUACCAUGAGUGACAAGCAGACUUUUGCAUACCAAUUUCCAUGAGAUUUUUAUUCAUUUAAAUGCAUCUAUCACACAUACACACUUCCAAUUAUUUACUUGUUGCAUAACAUUCUAGCAUGCCUUGUACAUAUGAGCACAUAUAUAGAAACUAGAAUGCAUGUUAAAGGGACACAGGCACCCACACCACUUCUGCCCAUUGGAAUGGUCUGGGUGCCAACUCACAUCACCCUUAACCCUGCAAGGUAAUUUUUUAUAAAAACUGCAAUAAUUACACUCACAGGAUUAAGUCCUCCUCUAGUGGCUGUCGAAAAGUGUUUUAAACACUAUGCAUGAGGACCUCCAAGGCUGCACAAAAAAAAAAAAACAUUGGUAACAAUAUCAAAAAUAACUUUUUUGUAUCUCUUGGUCUGGUAAUUGAACUUUAAUCCCACACGAGGCUCGUUCAGGCUCUAGCAGGUAUGAAUCUAAAUGAAACACACUGUUCAAUAAUGAAAAUUUCAAAUUUAGAUCUCCUUAUCUCUCUACAGGAAGUUUGUAUGGACUGGUAAGUGACAUUCAGGGGAAAUGUGACUAGGGCUGCAUUAAGAAAGUGAUGUAACCUUAAGGGCAGAGAAUUGAGCAGUGAGACUGCAUGGGCAUUAUCUAUACACGACAAACCACUUAAUUAAAGGGACACUAUGGUCUUAAUGUAGUUGUUUAGGUGAGUAUAGUGAGUCCCUGCUGCCUUCUAAGAGAAAAGGCAGUUGUGACGAAGUGCCCUUCGCCACUUUGUCCUGGAGAGGUCUGCUUGCCUGCCUCCUGCCCUGCGACUAUGACCCUAGGAUGUAUUGGCCUUCUAGGAACUGAUGUGGGAAUACUGGAGGCUUAUAUUGCUGUUUCUGGCCCUUUAAUGCCCAAAGAAAGGAUUUGUACUUUUAAACUGGCACUUCGGAUGCAGUCAAAGUGGUCGACGUUGUCGAAGUGGCCACCAUUCGAAUACCGAACACGUGGCGGUGGCCUUUUUAACUCAUUCAAACGCGGUCAGCAUGAACACCGCUGACCCAUACGUUCUACUCUACUUCGACACUGCGGCUGGAGACUAAGUCCCAUUCGAAGAUUCGAACGUUCGUUCGAAUGGGACUUAGUAAUUUUCUCGGUGUAAAAUAGACCGACCACACAGCCCAAAUCCAUGGAACUGUUUUGAGCAUGAAAAUGUGCCUGCGGUCGGUCAAAAGUGACUUAUAUGUAUCUCCUGAACGGAUUUGAAUGAUUUUUGGGUAUGUUUGUAUUUGGAAUGUGCUGAUUAAUAAUAUGUGACUUUUAUUAAUAUUGUAUGUAUAGUUUUGGAGUUAUGAAAGUUGGGUAAAAAGUAUGUUUUAAAAUGUAUGGAUAAUUGGGUUACCUCUCAGGCUAAGGGGAGGAGAUGUGUGGGAUGUAACCAUUGUGUGAUUGGGUAUUGUAUAAUUGUCCGUGGGCGUCUCCCUUGCAUAAAAGCAGAGUGUGUGUCAUUAAAGAUCAGAUCCUGUUUGACCCUCAAUACGUAGCCUUGUCUCGUUAUUGGAGCUGCUAUCAUCACACUGGGGAUUGCUAUGCACUGCAUACUCCCCUGAGCUUUUAAUCACUUAGCUCUUUUAAGAGCUCGUUCCUGAUGCGCUCUCCUGGAGGAGAGGUCUUCCCCACACGCUCCUGGAGGACAGAAGCUGAUCCAGGGUGGACGGAAGACGGCGAGGCUCCAGUUAAGCUACGGUGGUUGUGGAGUCUGUGGUGGUUGUGGUGUCCAGUGCGGUGCUUGUGGUCCUCGGCGCAAGCUAGGAAGCGUCCAUUAACGGAAGGGUCCAUUACAGCAGUGUUUACAUUACAGCCUAGGACACCUCCAGUGGCCACACCUCAGAUGGCUACUAGAGUUUCUUCCUGGCACUUACAUUCACUGUCUCCACCUUCUGCACGGAAAUGCUGAACUUUCCUCAUAGAGAUGCAUUGAUUCAAUGCAUAUCUGUGAGGAGAUGCUGAUUGGAUAGUGCAGCAUUUGAUUGGCUAGUUUGGCUCUGCCCGCCUCCUUGGCUGAGAUUAUUAUUAUUAUUAUUAUUAUUGGCAUUUAUAACCUUUUCUGCAGCGCUGUACAAUUGGGAAAAAGACAAACACAAUAAGAACAGACCAUCAUACUUGACCAUCUCAGCAAAUCCAAUGCUUUCCUAUGGGAAAGCAUUGUUAUUGUCUGAGAUCAGCACCAGCAGACGGGAAUAAAGGUAAGAUUUUACUACAUUUAGGGUGGACAGGGGGUUUAGAUAGUGAUUUUAAUAUUAUAGAGUCAGGAAUACAAGCUUGUAUUGCCCUAUAGUGUUAUUUUAAGCUAACGUUGUUUCGGUACUUAGUGUCCAUAUGCCAUCCUGUGACCUUAAAAAAAAAAAAAAAAAACAUACAAAUGCUUACUAUUGCACAAACCCUGAUCUUGCUCACUCAGAUGUUUCAUCUGCCUGACGAGCAAUACUGAUAUAAUAUUGCAAUCUUUUUUUUUUUUUUCUUUCAUUGCCAUUACUCAAUCCAACCACAUGUGUUUCAAAGUUACAGAGUAGUUAUUUGUCAUAAAACAGGAUGCACUUAUUGGGUGCAGUUAUUUGUCAUUUUAUCAACAUUCAUAUAUAAUCAGAAUAAUCAAAUUUGAAUAAAAUUAAUUGGACAGUACAGGCACUAUUACGGACCUAGUGUAGGCGACUGUUAACUUUAUUUUUUAUUUAUGUAUUUUUAAUUUUAGUCCACUUGGUGUUUCUCAUACAUUGUAGAAAUGGUUUCAGUCAUUGAUUUUAACAAAGUUAAUUGCAACCAGUUCUGCAGUGUUCAUUAAGACUUUCAGAUGAAAUUAGCCAUUCUAAAAGCAGUUUCUUGAAUGAAGGCAUUUGUUUCCCUCUUCUUUUAUCUGUCACAGAAUGCUUAAUUUAUAUGUUUUAUAAUCUAAACUAAUUAAUUCUGUGUCUCCCCUGUGUUGUUUGUUUUUUUCAAUAGAAAGGAACCAAUUUAACUAGCAGCUGUUUAGAGUUCACUGCAGAUGCUGUAAAUCUUGGGGAGAUUGGAACUGUGAAGGGCUCUCAGAAAAGCCUUUUUAAUGUGUUUAGCUCUUGUAGAAAAAAAUAAGUCAUUACAAGAUUUAACAUAAUAGUGUUACAACUAAAUUAGAUUUGUUUUGCUUAUAAAUGUAUUGUGAUGAGUUGCAGAUACAUUCUUUUCAAAUGUUUAAGUGGUGCACACGUAGCGUAAAAUCCCAUCUUGGUUUUAGAAGGCCAGAAUCUCCAUUCUUUCCCAUAAAUGAUUAUUAUUUUGAUAUCGUAUAUCAUCUCUAACUGAAUGUUUAAUAGUGACACCAAAUGAUGAAAAAGUAAGGCAAGUUUGGCAUCUUAAAUGAAUUGGUGCCAGUAUUACCAUUAGAUUCACCUGUUAAAGUUGAGCUUUUGCAAAAUGUCAUAUAUGAAAAUAAGUUUGCAUAUACCAUUUUAAAAUAACUUCAGAUAGGAACUUGUCUAUAUCUACUUUUGUUACCGUAGUAAUUUAAUCAUCAAUUAUUGCUUAACAGUUUUGGUAACUUCUAUGUCAGGGAAAUCCUGUUUCACGUGUCUGGUCAGAUGCAUUUCACACACUUUUUUUUUUUAUUCUAUGCGAUUUCUCACAGAGCAGGUGCCGACAAUGCAUUUUCAUUUACUGUAUAUAACUGAAAGCAUCUAUUUCCUGCCUAAAAUAUGCUUCUUUUUUAUAAUUUGUGUCUUGUGCUUCUGAAUUUUCUAUCUUGGAAUUUAUGCCAUUUAACCACUGAUUAGCGAUCCCAUUGCUGUAGAACUCUGUGGGAGUUAAUUCCUAAAUAUAACUAGAGAUGUCGCGAACGGUUCGCCGCGGUUCGCCACGAACCGUUCGCGGCGGACUCCGGUCAGCUGACACAUUCCGGCCAAUCUCCGGCAGACCCUCCCUCCCAGACCCUUCCACCUCCUGGACAGCAUCCAUGUUGAAGCUGCCUUCAACAUGGAUGCUGUCCAGGAAGUGGGAGGGUCUGCCGGAGAUUGGCCGGGAUGUGUCAGCUGACCGGAGUUCUCCGCGGACGGUUCGUGGCGAACCGUUCACGAGAAGUUCGUGAACGGUUCGCGACAUCUCUAAAUAUAACCCUAUGCAAAGAAAAUGAAACCACAAUUCCAUUUCACCUCUGCCAUUCCACUUAUUUGUGUAUAAUUUAAUUGCAACCACCUUAAUCACGUGUACUCUUUGCAUAGUUUGUAAAACAGUAAGCUCUCGGUUUCUGAUUCCUGUCUAUUAUCGGUACAGUCAUUGGGUAAAAUUGGGACAGCUCUACGGCCACUGUCGUGUGACAUACUAGGGUAACCGCUCUGCCUAAUAUAAAAUCUUGUAUAGUAAGCUCAUGUUGAAUGAAAAGUGCCCGCGACGAUUUAUGAGAUAUGUUCGUAAAACAAUUGUAAGACCAGGAUUGGCGGAGGGUCAAUAUUUAUUGCACCCUUUUUGUUUUAAAUAAUAAAAAUGUUCAUUAAAAAGGGGGAGACCACGUUUCUCAUCUGGAGCUAAAUCCCAUGCUACAUACCAAAGACUGUUUCUAUGGGAACCUACAGGAUCACAGGUUAGUCUCAAUGAAUUGUUUUUUGGUGUUUUUUUUUUUUUUUAUAACAUUUUAUUAUAUAGAAUUUUUUUUAUAAAUAAUUUUUUAUAUAAUUCUUUACUUUUGCUCACCUCACUGUCAUGAGAGAAGCAGCAUCUUGCCAGAAAAAUACAAAGAUAGAGUAACAAUACCGGAUUCAGGAAUAAAAUAAGAGUUUGUACAGUUAGUAUCAUAUAAAGUAUUUUUAGGGUUAUAAGAAAGACUGGGCAUACGUGUAAUGGUUUGACAUUUGAGUGGCUUCUGUAUGAGCCAACGGUAUGUCACCUCAAAUUUACCAUUCAGGAUUAUGAACUUUGGCUCUAGGUAUUCUAGGGCUGGAGGGUAUGAAUAUGGCGGCCAUUUAUACAAAAUUUUAAAAAGUCUCAAUGUUUUAUCACAGCUUGUCAGGUUUUUUUGUUUUGUUUUUUUAAUUUUUUUUAUUUAGUGACACAGUGCUUAGAAACUUAGAUUUUAUUUUUAAUCCUCACCGCAGAUGAUGGAAGAUCUAGGUGUGCUGGGCAUCCUUAUUUUUAUUGCAAUAUGCAUCACUCACAAAACAAAUAUGCAAACAAUAUGUUGCUAUUGUGUAAAAUGGUGAAGAGAAAAAAAGCACUCUCAACGUCUUCCUUUCUUUGAUUUCUCCACGUCUGAGUGUUCAGUUUGUUUUGGAUAUGGAUGCAUUCUUUGUGUGUGUAUGUAUGUAUCUGUACAUACAUACACGUUAUAUAUAUAUAUAUAUAUCAUUUAUUUUUAUUUUUUUCAGACAGGUGUAUGCAUCCAUUAAAAUUCCUGAUUGUUGUAUGGAAUUUAAUUCAAUAUUCUUGUAUAAUCUGUUUUUGUUUUUGGGGGGUUUGAUGGGGAGGCUUUAUCACGGUUUAUUUCAAAUACCAGAUAAGGCUAUCUCAUCUCAAACAAGAACAUUAUUUUGUGCAGAGCCCGACUGUCAUUUCUUACAGGAAGUUGUAUGUUGAGUCUGUGUAAAUUUGUACUGUCACAAUGACCAUAGCUAGUACAUUAAUAUCCGAGACACGAAAAAGGUUGCUCUGAAACAAUCACGUAAUAUUGCAUCAUCCAGUAAAGCUGGAUCGAUUCUGUUAAAGAGAAAGUCACUUAACCUGAACCUGACUUGAAAGUGUUGAUUGUAAUAGUUUGUCUUUGAGUAUAUUUGUAUGCAAAAAGCUCUUAAAAAUCUUGGUCAGCUGGAAGAACACAAGACAUUUUCUUUGUACAAGACCAUUUGACACCCCUAACAGAACUCAUUAGUCAAAAGAAGUGAUUAAGAAUAUACAACUCUUUGCUAGAAAAUAGUCCACCAGCUCGAAAAUACAUCUUGACGUACUGGUGUCUCUGCAAAUCAGAAACCAAAUUGGUUUUGUGCAAACCACUCCGUGCCAGCAAAAUGUCUGAUAUGUAUUUAUCCAUUUGAGUUAUUUUGGAAUUGUGUGGCACACAUUAUUUGUAUGUACUAUGUGCCUAUUUCUUUUACUUUUCUGUUGUGUGAAUGGUGUCCUGGGUUAGUGGACUAGAACACAGGAGAUACCUGACCUGUCUCUUUUAUUAGCAAAGUCUACUCUAGAGUCUAGAACAGGGGUGGGGAACCUUUUAUCUGCCAAGGGCCAUUUGGAAAUUUAAAACCUCAUUAGCGGGCCAUACAAAAUUAUCAACUUACAAAUUAGCCUGCUGUAUUUGGUCAAACAUGUAAUUAACUCACUCCUAAUGUGAUGGCUGGAACUGCUUCUAUUUGGUGUGAUGUUAGCUGGUAUUGGUGGUGCUACUCGCAGUGUGUGUGUGUGGGAUGCUGUUUGUGAGAGGGGUGCUGUAUGUUUGUGUGAGGGGUUAUGUGUGAGGAGUGCAGUAUGUGUGUGAAGUGGUGUAGUGUGUGUCAGGGGUUUAUACUGUUGUUGGGGGGGGGGGGUGAUCUGGGAGAUAUUCUAUAUAUUUUUUACUUAAAAAUAGAAAAAUAAAACUUUAUGCAUAACUCCCUUUCCCCCUCCUCCCUCCCCCCCACCCCCCCUCCCUUUACACCUGUCCAGUGGUUUCGCAUGCACUUUAGCCUUCAGCUAUUCCGGCUGCAAGCUGACUUCACUAUAUUAUUUCCGCAAGCACAGCACUGUCAGAGCAUUGCCAUGGUAACAUAACGCUCUGACUUGCCUGCUCGUUGAAGGUUCACAGCCUCCUCAGUCCUCCUCCUGUCCAGCAGACUCCUGGGUCCUAGCUCCCUCCCUCUCACUUAACAAACUGCCCGAAAACUGGUGAGUAAUAUCUUUGAUAUUCCCACCGGCUCGAAAACGGCAGACAGCAGAGUCGGGCCAAUCCAAAUGAUUUUGCGGGACGGACGUUCCCCACCCCUCAUCUAUAUCCAUGGGGAAACAUAGGAAGGGAAAUCAGAACAUUUCCUGCAAUGAGUGUGUGUAAAUGAACAAUAAUUUGCCUAGAAAUAGACAUAUGCCUUCUUUUCCCCUUCCUUCUUUUGGUUUGCAGAAGAUUGAUAACAUUUUAAGAUGUUUUAACAUUUUAAAAGCUCACAUUUGUGUGAUGUUUAAUCAUAAAUAUCACAAUACUUCAUGUAUACAGUAGGUAAUUGGUCUAAAUUUUAUUUAUUUAUUUUAAUAAAAAAAUACUUUUUUAACUUGAAAAUCUUAACUUUACAUAGGGCACUUUAAAACUUAGAAAUGUUAUUAGAACCAUGCUGUAAAUGUUUUCUCUGUUUGCACAAAUAUUAUUCCUUUUCUACUUUCUCCUUAAUUUAAUAUAUCUUGAGGAAAAUAACAUUAUAUGUUCAAGUCUCCAUUGUUUUAAAGUUGCUUUCAAUGCAUUUGUAGAAUACAUUAAAUCAGCAUCUGUAGAAACAUCUUUAAAAAUUCACCUUUUUUUCCCAACACUGGUCACUUAAUCUCCUUUUUUUUUUCCAUAGGAGAAGAAAGAGCUGCAGGUAUCUUUGUUUCAAACUCUGGUGCUUCUUAUGUUUAAUGAGGGGGAUGAAUUCAGUUUGGAAGAUAUUAAAAUGGCUACAGGAAUAGGUGAGGAUUGUUAAUGAUUAAUAAACUUAGGUUUCACUUUAAGUUCCCUGCCUCUCCCCCAGGAAAAGCCUAUUUAUCCCUAUAUCUUAAAAGGCUACUCAAAACACCGCUACAACCAGCUGUAGUGAUCUGUAUUACCCUGGCACUAGUAAUGGGUCCAUUAAUGUGUAAAACCAUUUUAAAAAGCUUUGCCAUCUUAGCUGGGCCCCGCAAGGCGCCAGAUCUCUUCUCAAGCAGGUGUAUGACAUUUGCAGAGCUGAUCGUGCCAGCAAUUCAUUGGCUGAGAGGGGUUGUUGACUGGCAGCCAAUGAAUGCAAUUCUGUGCAUAGAAAUAGGCACACAAUUAAUAUUAAACAUCCCAAACUCUUGUUCCAGACUGGCUAAUGACGCCACAAUGACUCUCCUUGAGGUGGAGUUACACUUCUGACAGCAAAAGGGUUAAACACGUUUCAUAAUAAAAUGCUCCAAGCACCAUGUACACUUUAAAUCACUGAAGUGGUCAUUGUGCUUAGAGCCACUCUCUAACUUUUGUACUGUUUUAUUUUCAUAAACUUCAUACAGUUUUUCAGAAAUAAAGAUUCUUAGAUUUGUCCUAUUCCAAAUGCUGUAACAUUCUGUUUUGUUUUUUACCGUGGUUAUGCAAAUUACAGUUAAAGGCGGUAAUUCAAUUUGCUUUGCAUUUCAUUUUUAAUUGCAGAGGACAGUGAGCUGAGACGAACUUUGCAAUCACUAGCAUGUGGCAAAGCUCGUGUUUUGAAUAAGAUGCCGAAGAGCAAAGAUGUGGAAGAUGGAGACAAGUUUAGCUUUAAUGGCGACUUCAAGCACAAACUCUAUAGAAUAAAGAUUAACCAAAUUCAGAUGAAAGAAACUGUGAGUAUUUUUGGUUGGAAGAUGUUUCCUCAUCUCCAAAAGUAUUUGAUCCCCUACUGAUUUUGAACGUUUGUCCUCUGACAAAGUGAUCAGUAUAUAAUUUUAAUGGUAGGUGUAUUUUAACAGUGAGAGACAGAACAACAAAACAAAAAAAAAUCCAGAAAAACGCAUGUCAAAGUUAUAAAUUGAUUUGCAUGUCACGAAGUGAAAUAAGGGAGUGCUCCUAUUCUCAGCUCGUUACCUGUAUAAAAGACACCUGUCCACAGAAGCAAUCAAUCAGAUUCCAAACUCUCCACCAUGGCCAACACCAAUGAGCUGCCCAAGGAUGUCAGGGACAAGAUUGUAGACCUACACAAAGCUGGAAUGGGCUACAAGACCAUCGCCAAGCAGCUUGGUGAGAAGGUGACAACAGUUGGUGCGAUUAUUCGCAAAUGGAAGAAACCCAAAAUAACUGUCCUUCUCCCUCGGUCUGGUGCUCCAUGCAAGAUCUCACCUCGUGGAGUAUCAAUGAUCAUGAGAACGUUGAGGAAUCAGCCCAGAACUACACUGGAGGAUCUUGUUAAUGAUCUCAAGGCAGCUGAGACCAUAGUCACCAAGAAAACAAUUGGUAAAACAUUAUGCAGUGAAGGACUGAAAUCCUGCAGUGCCCGCACGGUCCCCCUGCUCAGGAAAGCACGUGUACAGGCCCAUCACAAAUUUGCCAGUGAACAUCUGAAUGAUUCAGAGGAGAACUGGCUGAAAGUGUUGUGAUCAGAUGAGACCAAAAUCUAGCUCUUUUUGGCAUCAACUCAACUCGCCGUUUUUUGGAGGAGGAAGAAUGCUGCCUAUGACCCCAAGAACACCAUCCUCGCAGUCAAACAUGGAGGUGGAAACAUUAUGAUUUGGGGGUGUUGUUCUGCUUAGGGGACAGGACAACUGCACCACAUCAAAGGACGAUGGACGGGGCCAUUUACCAUCAAAUCUUGGGUGAGAACCUCCUUUCCUCAGCCAUGGAAUUGAAAAUGGGUCAUGAAUGGGUAUUCCAGCAUGAAAAUGACCCAAAACACACAGCCAAGGCAACAAAGGAGUGACUCAAGAGGAAGCACAUUAAGGUCCUGGAGUGGCCUAGCCAGUCUCCUGACCUUAAUCCCAUAGAAAAUCUGUGGAGGGAGCUGAAGGAGCCAAUGGCCAAACAUCCGUCAUGAAACUUUAAUGACUUGGAGAGGGACAAAAUCGCUCCUGAGAUGUUUGCAAACCUUGUGGCCAACUACAAGAAACGUCUGGCCUCUCUGAUUGCCAACAAGGGUUUUGCCACCAAGUACUAAGUCGAAGGGGUCAUAUACUUAUUUCACUCAUUGACAUGCAAAUCAAUUUAUAACUUUUUUGACUUUUUUUUUUUUGGAAUUUUUUUUGUUUUGUUAUUCUGUCUCUUACUGUUAAAAUACACCUACCAUUUGAAAUUAUAGACUGAUCAUUUCUUUGUCCAUGUGCAAACAAUCAAAAUCAGCAAGGGAUAAAGUACUUUUUUCCUUCACUGUACAUAUGAUGAACAUACUACAUAUUGUAUGCUCGUUUUGAUUAGGGCCUUCUUCACCUCUUGUCUCUGUUCUAUUCCUUAUGUAAAUUACUUAUGGUCAGAUAUCCACAUCUAAUAAUAGUAAAGCGCUGCAGAAUAUGCUGGCUCUAGAUUGAUGGUAAAGAAUAGGUUUGUGAAAAUUUCUUGAAGUUCUGAAUUCACCAUGGAAGCCAAGAGAAUAGUUCCUCAUAAUUGCACCACGUUUAACCCCUUAAGGACCAAACUUCUGGAAUAAAAGGGAAUCAUGACAUGUCACACGUCAUGUGUCCUUAAGGGGUUAAAGUUGCACUAUUAUUUGCAUGCAUAUAUUGCUUUGUGUUGCUUCAAAAGAGGAAGAAUCGUUCCAAGUGUUCUUUUCAGUUUCUUAUCUAGCCAAAACCAACCCCUUAACAUAGGAAUCCACUUAUUUCAACCUGCUUCCUUCAUGGUUUCUUUAUUAGUGUUUUCUAUAGAUAUUAAACCAUUUCACAUUUGGAAAAGAACCUCCUAUAAAGAGAAAAUGCUUAAACAUGCUUCCCAACAUUAUAAGAUCCAGCAGGGCCCCCAAAAAGUGCAAUGCAAAUAAGUCCUUAAACUAUCACCUAAUGACUGGUUUUAAAGUGCUCUGUGAAUGGGAAGCUAUGACUUAUCUACUGGCAGGGCUGCCUAUUUGCCCUGUGUGUACAUGCCAGACUGCAGUGUGCCAUUUUUGCCUUUCCUGCCACAAUUCACCAGUAAUGCACAUUGCAAUAUUUGCAUGCUCUACCCAUUUCCUUCUUGAUUUUAUACCUGUCAAUAUUGUGACUUAUGCUUAGGAGCCAAUCGCAUAUUCAACAAUUAACUAAAUGUGGGCUAUUAAUUUUGCUUCUACUUAUUUUGUACAAAUCUUCCAUAUUUUUUUUUUAAAGGCAGAAUUCAAAGCACCCUAACCACUACAGUCUUCUCUAGUGGUUAGCAUGCCAGACGUGCACUGGUGCCAUCCCAGUGUAAUUUAUGAAAACGUUUCAGAAUUGUUUGAUAACUUACUUGCGUCCUUUAGGCACCUGUGCCAAAUCACAUUUCUCCUUUUAGGAAAUGCCCAAUGGCUCUAUUCAACUAAUCAUGGCUGUUCCAGGCCACGCUUCUCAUGCAGGAAAAGACGAGAAGUAAGGUUUGUGAUCACAGACAACCUGGUGCAACACAUGUAAUUGUCAAACCAUUCUAUAAUGCCAUUUAGACUAAAGUUCAGUAGAGAUAGGUUAAUUUUAGCUUUCCCCAUUACCCAGUAAGCAAUUCAGUAGUGCUAAUCGAGCCGAGAAACUUAUGAUCUUUCUCUGUUAAAAAGAAACCUUUAACUGUGGUUUGACAAAAAAAAAUGGUAGUUCUUAUUCGAGACUGAUCAAUGCUGCUGCUUUUUGUACAUCCUGAGCAUCCUGAUCAAAGAUAUAUAUUCUUUCAGGUAGAAGAACAAGUUAACACAACAGAAAGGGUCUUCCAGGACCGACAGUACCAGAUUGAUGCUGCCAUUGUGCGCAUAAUGAAGAUGAGGAAAACUCUGACCCACAACCUUCUAGUAUCUGAGCUUUAUAAUCAGCUGAAAUUUCCUGUAAAGGUAAGCACACCUUACUUCUACAUCAGCUUCCAUGGUAAUUUGCCUUGUUAUUUGGCCAGCCAAUUUAUAGACAUUUGUGAUCGCUACAUUUGUGAGGGCAAUUGCUACAAGUUAAUUUAGUUUGACUGUCUCCAUUCAAACCAUAAUACAAAUGUUACAGGAAUGGUUUUACCCACCGUGUAAAUGUACAUUCACCUAAGACUUUGCUUUUCUAAACCCAGCCACGGUUUUUCUGUUAUGUAACCUUAUCGUGUUUAGCACUCCACAGUAGUUUUUGUAGUGUGCAAAUUAACUUUGUUAAAGGCACCACCUCUUCGAACACAAAAAUAAAAAGCAACUGAAUAGUGGGAAAUAAUAAUAAUAAAAAUGACAUAGCGUAAUAAAACACAAGAUGAAAGUAGGCUUCUCACCCCACCAGGGGUUAAAAUCUACCAGUUUUCCAAUUCAUUUUAACCCCUGGUGGGGUGAGAAGCCUACUUUCAUCUUGUGUUUGUGAGUGCAAUACUUAAAUACCACACACUUUAUUUCUAUUGUAACUGUAUUACGCUAUGUCAUUUUUAUUAUUAUUAUAGGCUUAUAUUAAUUUUGCUAUCCUGGUUCAUCUUUCCAGGUUGUAUUUAAUUUAUUUUACGUGUAUAGGGUGGUUUUUUCCCACUUCCUUUUUUGCUCUAAUUUGUUAAUUGGGUGUUUGUGAGGUACACCUGGGAAACACCUAGCUUUUUCACUACUAUCUAAUUGUCUCGUUAGUGUGUAUAUAUACCUAUCUUUUUCAUUAGAUAAGCUUUUGUUUGUUUUUUUUAAAUGGUAUGAGUUAUACAGGUUGUAAAUCAGCUUCUUCCCUAACUUCAUUUACACUCCAGCAAUUCAAAAUAGUUUUUACUUCUCUAGUUUUUCAGUUUUAAUUUAUUUUAUAAGCCAAGCCAUGUCUCUUAUGCAAUACAUGUUUAUGUAUACAUGCUUGUCUACAAACCUUGUUUGAUUUAAAUAUAUAUCUCUGCAAUAUUUAAUAUCUCAUUUCAGCCUGGAGACUUGAAAAAAAGAAUUGAAUCCCUCAUUGACAGAGACUACAUGGAAAGGGACAAAGAGAACUCCAAACAGUACCACUAUCUGGCAUGA